GAAGUUAGCGUCAUUUCAAACCGUGCAAGCAUAUGUAUAAGUAGUACUAGUAAGCUUACUUCUGAAGGCUUUUUAGUCACAUUUUAUGUCGUCAGAGAAAGUUGAAUCUAAAAGUGCAUAAAAACAACUUAAAAUGGCACAGCGAGGUCCACCAAGGAGAAUUACUCGCAAAGAGACUAUUGUAGACCUUGCAAAGGAUUUAGAGCUUCUCCGAGUGGACAGUAAAGAUUAUGGGGAGACAAUGGACAGCAUGGCAAAAGCUCGAGACUUGAGGAUCAAAGAAUUGAAAAAAAGUAAUGGAACUUUACUGGAGGUAUGCUUUUCCUAUGUUUUUAAAACGUUCCAUUUCAAAUUCGAACAAGUCCCGCCAAGAAAAUAAAUACGCUGCCGACAUCAGAACCUGGAGAACAAUCUGUCCUAGGUGCAAUAUAGCGGGGACAGAUCUCCUACGCUCGCCGUCGCGCUGGUUUCAACAAUUUAAACUUCCGUCUGUACCUUUUUUCCCUGUUUACCUAUAAGUAGCUUCAGCCGUUAGUUAUAUACAGUGUAACCUCUAUUAAGCGGACACAAAGCCGGGUCCCGAAAUUAACGUCUGAUAUUUCCCUUUAUAACGAGCCCCUAUUCAGCGGACACCUCUCUUAAGCGGACACCGGACUGGAUUGACAACAGUAGUAUUGGAUCACGUCGUUGAGAUACGUACUGUAGUCGAUUAGUAAAGAUAAAUUAAUACAUUUAGCUGUCAAAAGUUCGCCUAAAAGUCUUGCACAAAGUACAGCACCGCUUCCUUAGCUUCCUUAACAACAGAAACUUUAUCACAGUACAGACUAACCGUUGAAUGUUAAUUGUUAACAAACAUUGCGCAAAAAUGAGAGGAAGAUCGUGAGAGACCUUUGCUAGCAUGAAAUGGUAAUGUCUUCUUAUGACGUUGGAUCAAAAGUGAAAAAUAAAAAUUACCUAAGAUAAAAAAUUAACUACAACAUGUAUGUAAGUAUUGUUUUCUAGUUAGGCGAAACUAAAUAAAUAUAACAAGGUGUUGAUUCGUUUUUCAAAUCUUGAUGUAGAAGAUACCUGAAUUAGAAGACCUCGUUUUAUAUCCGUGUACUUCAUCUUUUUUGAUGAAGAAAGAGCAAAUGCUUGCUGGUGUAAACGUACAUGAAAUGUUAUGCAUUAAGGAGGAAAAGGGUUCAAAAUAAAGCAAAUUCAUUGGAAGGAGAUUAGAGGAAAUGAACAGAGGAAAAGCAUGCUCCCUUGUCUUAGAAAAAUAGAUUAAACGAAGGGCGCGCUUCUGUAGCACGAGCCUGGGGGGUACUCCCUAUAAUGGCCUACACGGGGGGGCUCCGCCCGAAAGGGGUACCUUUUUCGGGCCUCAGGUAUAUGAAAGGGGGGGGGACUUCACUAGUUGAAGUAUAUAAAAGGGUAGGGAGAUCUGUUAUUUGUGCCCGUGAAAGGGCCCAAAGCGCUGACAGAUGAAUUUUAUAGCUUUAAAAAGUCGAGAAAACGUUCUAUUUUUGUGAUUGAUCCCUAUUUAAAAGACAGCACAUUUACAGCAGUUAAAAGGGAUGCAAAGGUCUAAAGAAGGUAUGAGAAAGGGGUACGAUUCCUCAAUAUAAGGUAUACAAAAGGGGUACCUUUUUCGUGAAAAAUGACAUAUAAAAGGGUAAGGGGUUGGACCUUCCGAGUGGAGCCUCCCCGUAUAAAAAUUUGUUGAGUACCCCCCUUCGAGAAGUAGCAGCUUGUCCCAAGCAACCAGUCCUUAGGAUAAAUAAGGGUAUACCAGAAAGCGAUACAUAUAAAAAAAGAAAUGAAUAGACGAUGUUGUGACAAAAUGUAAGAACGUGAGAACCCGGGAUCUUCAUUUCCAUUUUUCUUGGGUCUGCUUUCAUAAUGAACAAAUUCUUCCAAAAAUACUCCUGAUUUGGCGCUAAAGGAAGUUAUUAGAAAAGUAAGAAGAACCAGGAAGUAAGGUGAUCAUGACAGUGUUAAGGAAGUGAAUGAUAACAAUGAUAAGUAUGUCACGCAACGGGCUGGCUUUUGUCCAAUACGUAAAUCAAGUUGUCCGGCUAUUGAACCGACAUAUAGUGUCGGUCCAGAGGUUGCAUCGUCUGUUGUAAGAGAGUAAGACUGUAUCCCUUUUGCUUAACGAGAGGUACAAUUUCUUGGGAAAAUGUUGCCUGAAUGCUAUUCAUUACCUUGUUUGUUCUUGUAGGGUUACGACAAAAUCCUGAAAGACCUUAAGCAAACUCGUAAGCGAAGACAUGUUUUAAAGGACUAUUAUUCGAAAAUAAAGGAAGUUCUUUCCGAUACGCAAGAAAUCGCUCUGCAAGAAGAGGCCGACUUUGUGAACAGAGCUAAAACAUGCAAAAAGGAUCUCAAAAAGAAGAAAUUCACAGUUCUCGUAGCUGGUAAGCAGAUUUAAAAGGAUCGCUUUUCCUCAUGUUUACCAAGAGCUUUGAAGACUAUCACUUCCAAAAAAACCUAUUAAUCACAGUGAAUGUACAUAUCCCUUUAAUAAAUCACUUUAUUUGACUAAGUUAGCUACUAGAAAUAAUAAAAUCAAUUCCCCAGCCCAAACAAUUUUACGCAAGCGGUAAAGCAGUGACCUUUCUAUAUGACGAUAUUAUUAAACACUAGAGACUUUUUAUAAAUUCGACGACGAGAACAACUACGAGUACGAGAUUUGACUUUAAGCACGUUCGCGUUUCUCAAAAUAUAGACUCCUCGAAAAGCUUCAUUUUACCAUUUUUCUCUAGAAAAUUUAAGACUGUUAUCUUCCGUGAAAGAGGUUACGCCUUCUCCCGAUCGCAAAAUGAUAAAACUGCUAUCAGUUGACAUCUUGUUUCCGCCACUUCGCUAAGACCAGGACGGGAGAGGAAAGAACUGACAGCAAACCUUGUGUGACAAGCGUGACAAUAAUUUUGUUUAAAUAACUUUCCGCCAAACUCCACUUUCCUUUAAACAGAUCUUUUUGUAAAAGACCAGAAAACAUUGAUGUUAGAGAAGAUCACGACAAAAAACGCAAGUAAUAGCCCCUUCACGUUCGUCACGCACAAGCGAUUUGCCGUCCUCACUAGAAGACGGGACUCGUAGUGAAGUGACGACGCCACCUCGUUUUUGCGCCAAAAUGACAUUGGCUAUUGGCGAGCACUACUUUAGUAUUGAGAAAUUCUCGUACUCGUAGUGGUACUCAUCUUAGAAUCUAAAGCUCUCUAACGCUUACUGACGUAGGACGACUUUUAAGUUUAACUUUAUAUUCAACAGGGGAGACCAGCGCAGGGAAAACCAGCCUGAUAAACCUAUUACUAAAUGAACAAGUUCUUCCAACUGGCCUACUGGAGAACACCCUUACUAUCUGUGAAAUAUCUUAUGGAGCCAAGCGAGAAGCAGUCGUACAUUUUGCUAGAGAAGGAACGCCCUCUCUUAUACUAGAGAAUAUCAAGUCUGAUACCUUAAAACAGUACAUCGAAAAACCAACCAAUGAUAAAGACUGGUGUAAAAAAGUUGAAAUCAAGACACCUAAUUCACUGUUACAGGUAAUUAACGUAUAAUUUAACAAUUAAUGAAUGAUGGUGAGUAUCUUUUGACGAAUUAUGGAGAUCGAGGAGGGUGUUAUCCGUCGACGACGUAGGCCGAGGCGGAUAACACCCUCCGAGAUCUCCAUAAUUCUUCAUAUGACACGAAAGCUGAAUUCAAUAAUUGUUUUAUUAUUCAUUCAAAAUAAUUCCUAGUUUAAAAACACAGCUAAAACUUGCUUACCUCCAACGAUCCAUCGAUGUUAAGUUCAUCUGUGAUAGUGCACGUUUAGGGUUGUUCCGCUCCGCAAAUAUUCUCCAAAUAGCAGAUGUCGCUCUUCGAGUUUUACUUCUUGCUGUUCUUGUCUGUCUUUAGCUAUUAUUUUGCCUAGUUCUUACUCUUGAAACGAGUGAAAUGUCCGCCAUUUUUGUUUCACAAGCAGCAGCAAGCAGCAACACAACCUCGUCCCCAGGUCGUCUCGGUUAACGGUGCAUUAACCUGCAAAAACGCUGCAUUUUUGACGUCAUUUCCUCGCUAAACGCAACUGGUUAUGGUGAAUUAUGCAUGUGCUUUUAGCCAAUCAGAAUCGGGGAAAUAUUUUGAAUGAAUAAUAAUCAACAAUAUUUACUGAGCCUGAGGUGAAUAAUUAUUUUAGAAUAUACACACGAAGUGAUCUCAAAAGAAUCUGAAAGGAAACCAUGAAAAAAAAAACGAUUAGUUUGAUUCAAGGGUGAAUUCAUGCGUGAACAUGUAGCCGUAAACAGCAGAUGCACAAUAGGUGGAUCUUUACAGUAUUUUCAAACAUGGCAAAUCAUACUUUAAAUUUUUUUGUAAGCUUUAGCAUCAACGAUUGAAAAGAAAACGUUGAAAGUUUAAGAGCAGUUGUCUGUAAGAUUCGAGCUACAUUAAAAAGGCGCUGCCACACUAUCUCACCGAAUUGGCUAAAAAUUGGCAUGUAGACUUGAUUUGAGGUCUUUAAUAAGGAAUAGGUAACUUUAGGUUCUAAUUCCUCCUAUUUCGGAAAUUAUCGACAUGGCCGGUUUUUGGGUGCCUCGGACCGACGCCAUAUUGGUUAAUAGAAGCUGCUUUUGAGCCUUCGACUACAACCCUGUCUUCAAAGCUAAUCUUCCUUUGCCAAUACAGAUUGAAAGAACAAUCCCUCUUUAUUGUAUUUUUAGAAACUACUUCGAAAUUGAUAUCGUUUUCGCAGCGAUCGAUUAAACUUUUGGUGGGUAUAUUUUUUGAAAUUUUUACACCCGCAAAAUUAACAGAAUUUUAAAGGCGUAUAUCUCUUUUGCCACAUCGCAUUGAAGCUUGCUAAUCUGCCUGAAUACUCACUGUUUGUAGUUAAAUCGAGUUCGUUAAUAAAAAAAUUGGGCAAAUUUAACGGAGCAGAAACAAAAGUAAUGAAUGGAAGAGUGUUCUAGCGACUUUGUCAAUAAUCUGUACACCGAAUACUCGCCAGGUGUUGCCAAAAUUACAAUCGAUAAUAGAGUUUCUGUCAUUAAAUCUGAGUGAUCUGUGUAAUAAAAUUAGCCUCUGUAAUAUAAUCGAUAACUCUGCUGCGAAAAACAGUAUAAAAAAGGCAGAUUGUAUAGGGAAAAGGAAAAGGAAUUUGUUAUGUUUAUGCUACGACGCGUAAACAAAAUUCAACCAUCACAGUCGAACAGGAAUUUUCCUGAUUUUCCUCCAGUUCCUUUAUCGAAACCAGAGCUUUUAAAAUUAACCAUAGUAGUGAAAAUUGAGAUGUAUUACCUUACUCGACGACAAAGUUGCCAGUUUCCACCUUGAUCGAAAAAAAAGUAAUAUUUUCCCACGCAUAUCGCGGGUCGUCACGUUCCUUGCCUGGCGUUACAACUCACGUGAAACCGCCUGGUUUCAAACAACUGAACUGAAGAAUCCGUGAAAAUCUUAGCCAGGCAAUAAAUAAUGGAAGUUGAUAUAAGUUAUCAUUAUUAGUGAGCGAGGAUGCGAUGAUAUUUCCAGCUACAUGUAUUUACAGCGUUUGAAGAUUCACUCAAAACUCAUGAGACAUGAGCCCUUGAAAUAAACAUCAUUAAUUCCGGUUUUAAAAAUUGGGCGUUGGCAAAGUAAUGAAUAGACUCAUUCUACCUUGUACACCGUUAACAACGGUUCCGUGUACAAUUUUCAGGUAUUUUGUCUCAAUCACGAAGCCCGUUUUGAGGAGAUUCUUGAUAAACAGAAAAAUUGGUUUGGAAGGGGUUAAGAAGAAUGAGGGAUCAGCCCGGGACAGCAAAAACCACAGUCACCCGACCGAAGGGCUUUAAAACUGUGCGCAAAUGUCUCACCCUAUAUUUUAGGGACAAUUCCAACUUUUCGUUUCCUUGAAAAAGCUUAAAAUCGCUAGACAAUGCAUGGACAACUCAAGACAGUCCUAAUUCAAAAUAAAGUAAACAGCAAAGAAAAUUCAGUUAGCGACCAGAGUGUUUAUCCGAUAUCGCGAACAAUAAGGAGUGAUUGAAGAUGUGUCUGCAGUUUAAGGUAAAAUCAUUUACCAAGCUCACGGACCUUUCGACAACAUAAGUGUACCGAUUGACGUAAUAUCAGUGGUAAAAAACGAACGCUUUUUACUGUAGGACGAUGACGUCAUCAUACAAAAGGCGCCUUCACUCUGGCAUCCAGAAUUUCAAACUAUCAAAACCUAAUUUUCUCUGCUCGUCAACUCAAAAACGCCUCUGAGGGCAAGUAGUGGUAAUGUGCUUGUUAGUAAGGUCCAACAUAAGGAGACAUUCAUAAUCAACUCGGUUAUUAAUGCAUGGAUAAAGCGAAACUUUCUCCUUUACCCUUAGGGACAGAGUUCAAAGGCGCAAAAGAUUUUUAGUUCAGCUCUGGCAUGUGUUGUCUAGCGAUUUGCCUUGAGCUUCUCUAAAUUUUCCAGAUCAAACAAGCUGUGCCGAUCGUAUAUAAUCUUGUCUGGGCUCCCUUGAAAAAUUGCACUUCAUCAGAUGCCUUCAAGGUCAUCCUCCGCCGCGAAAACUUCGUGAUCUAUUUUAAUGGGUGGUUUUCUGGAACUAUCCUAUGGCUUGUCCUUUCUGGUCGUCACUUUAUUAGCGAGCACGUUUCAAUUUCUCUCCAGCAAAAGUCUCUAUCAGGAGCGUAGCCAGGAUUUUCCAGGUGUGCGUAAAAUUUCCAAAACUUACCCUAACAUCUUACUCAGUUCUCUCGCAACGUUUCCCCAUUACAUUUGCUAAUUCUGUUAACUAGGUGAGGUUGUGCGUGGAUGAAAUGGCACUUGCAAUCGGUGAGAAAAUUAGGUUAGACACUUUACCCUCAAGGACGACUAUCACGUUUUGCUGACACUUCUACCUUAGAAGAGAUAAGUGAAGCUUUGCCUUCCAAACUCUGUGUAAAAAAAUGUCGUUCGGCUGUUCAAACUACUUUUAGAAAACAAAAAACUUCCCAACUUUAAUUUUUAAUAAAGGGAUAAGGGCAGGAAUCCAAAUUGUUUUGGAGUAUUUCACUGAUUUUAACACGAUGAUUCUGAAGUAGUGUCUAGUGAGUACGGGGCUAAUGCCCCAUCGUAAAAAUCUGAAAAUGAAAACAAAAAUCUUGUAUAACCAAGUAGUACACAAUUUUAGUUAUUUUGUUGAGUUGUGAAAAAUCACAAAUUUGUUUCUUCUUGAAUGUGUUAUACUCUCAUCCAUUCAGUCUUUCCGAUAUGCCCGUCGGAUAGCGGAAGUUAACGUAAAUGAUCGAUUACCUAAAAAGAAGCUACGAUCCUAACUUUCCACCUUCGGGUCUUUUCCCUCGCCAUAAUUUUUCCCUCAACGAAUUUUACUCUGUUUUACAUAAUAAUUGGUCUUGCAUUCAGCUCAUCGAUUUUGAGAGCCUAGUCCUGUGCCGUAUUCUGAUGCGAUCUACUUUAUGUAGCUUUCCCCCCAUCUAACAGCUCCUUACUGAACAAAAACGGUUUUAAUUAAGUCUAUUCAAAGAACUAGCCAAUAUUUUUCCAGCGGUAAGCACGAUGUUCCUAAUUCCCCCUAGUCCCCUUCUUAGACGCUUUCAUGUGCAUCAGGUGUUAAAUUUUCUUUUCAUAAGCUACAAUGCUCAUAAUCGCGCAUUGUGAUGUCAUUUAUGCUUAAAAAAUAAAGAUUAGUUUAUCGAAGAAAGAGUAACAACAACAACAACAAGUUUUAUUGAAAAUUGGAAAAUAACUAAUUACAUUACUUUCCCACCCGCAAAUAGCUUAUGAACUAAUCGAACCGGGGGGAGCUGAAGACAUAUUACAAAACAAGAUUUAUAUAUAGAUGGACUAAAUAACAGUGAAGACACUACUAUACAGUAAAUAGAAUUUAAACUAACUUAAAACAAGGCAAGUACAUAACGAUUACGGAGAGAGGCUAACCUAAAGUAUUAAAUAACUUAAUAAGAGUUCAUGAACUAUUUGACGCGGUCCUUUUCUUACGGCUUAUGUCCGUUGGUGAAAUCGCUACUUGGGUUUUCUUGGAUUGAAAAGGGCGGGCUCUUUCUAAACGUGGCGUUGUUUAUGGGGCCUUAGUAUUCAGAACAGAAUCAGUCGAUGGCAAACAACGAAAAGGCUUUUAUGUCGUAAGUUACAGUGAUGAACCUUGCCUCGAGAUGGUCAUAUUUUUGUACAUACCUUCAUGCAAUUCAGUGUUGGUCUGAAAAGUUUUUGUUAUGGAUGGGGGAAGGGUGGGGGGGAGAUCAGAACAUGUACCUCGUGUUGUUUACGAGACAUUAAAGUAAUGAAAACUGUUAAACAGUCGUCUACUAAUCAAAAUAGUUGCAAAUACUUACGGGAGGCCCUAACUAUAUGAUGAUUAGAAGAGCAAUAUUUGGAAAGGUGCAUGGUCGUGGAGUUAAGGAGAUUUGACUAAUCAACCAAUUUCCCGCCAAACAUAAGGGCGUGGCCAGUGGCCCCAAAAUUGUGUUCGCUCGCUCCGGGCUGGCUCGACUUUUGGGAUAUGGUUAUGGAGUUAUAAACAAUGAGUUCAUCAUCUAUAUAGCCUACUCGCCCCAAAGUGACUGUAUUUCGCUUUUCAGAGACCUAUCAGUUACUGUAUGACCCUCUCCGAUCAGAUUUUAUGUCCGUGGUACUGGUGGUGAGGUCAGUCCACAAGCAGAGUCAUGAAAAACACCGCCACUUGAGCCUUUACAUUCAAAACAUUCCUGGCUAUCGGGAAAAAAAGAAGGAGCUUUUAAAAAUACUAAAUAAAAUGUCAUUUCAAAUUUCACUUUGUCACCGUUCGAAAAUUAUUGUGAAUCAGACCGAAUGAAAGUUCACUCAAAGAGGGGGAGGGGGGAGGAGGGUUGGUAGUUCUUAACAGUUCCAGUUAGCUAGAAAAUUAAAAGUUACGAAAAAAUACUGGGCGAACUGCCGAAUACAUGCAAGAAUGAAAAAGAAAAUAGAAAACAACUUCCUGUUCAAAUUCGGGUUAAUAGCGUCAAGAAGACUGAACUUGAUUGAGGUUGUUCAUUUCAGUUCCGUUACAGCGUGCCGUUCCUUGUCCUCCUAAAAAUAGCUUCGUCUCCCACCGAUCAUUCCAUGUCACAUUUUUCGGACUUAUUAUUCAGUAAUGACGGUACGAUCAGGUAAUUUGACUUGAUGAGUUCUUUAAUUUCAUUUCAUGUACUAGUUUUAUAUCUUACGCUGGAAAGAUCUGCCAAACAGUGUACAUUAGCAAAGGUAGGUUCCUGUUUACACGUGUAAUUAUCGAAUACCAUACAAUUUACAUAAAGCUACAGUGCACGGUUGGUUUUUCUAGCCUUUUGAUAAAAAUUGACAACGUUUGCGUUAUCUUUGCCUAAGAAAAUAUGUAAUUUGUAGCUGUAUACAGCGAAAUACUACAGAGAAAAUUUUAACUGUGCAGUACACGAGCGGCUCCCGAUUGGUCUGGCAAAUCGAAGAGCGAACUUGAGCUAGUACCGUGUAUAACAAGAUUUAUAAUUUUCAUUUUAGCUCAUAUUUCAAGCUCUUCGCAGGAUCAGAAUCAAAAGAUCAUCUGUUUACAUUACAAGGGAGGGUUUUUUAAGCGAUAGAUAGGGUUUAAGAGGCGCGAUCAAUUUUUAAAGAAUUUUCUUUUCAAAUAUUCACCGAAUUUUGUUUUGAAGUUUUAGCGGCCAAGUGGCUGAACCACUGCGCAUUCAUGCAAUCAUAUUUCUGUUCCGUUGCAUUUGCCCAAUUAUUUUAUUCAACAGUCUAACUUAGCCAUAAACAAACUAUGUUUAGUUAAAACGGCUUAAUCUAAAUCGAUGUGGCAUAGGUGAUAUUGGCCUUCCAAUUUCUACCAAAAAGUACCGAAAAAGUGCUGUGAGAAGUUAUAGCCGUUCGUAGCUCAGGCUUAAUCAUUUUCAGAUAAGAGUAGGUAAAUGAAAGGAGGAAGGAUAGUUCUUUGCAACUGUAUGAGUCACGAUUAAGUUAUUUUAAUGAUAAGGCUAGAAUUAAUUACUGUAAAUCUCCUUCAGUUCAUCAACAUGGCGGCCGCUCGAGGCCUCGUCAAAACUGUCAUUCCUGUAUCUUUGAAACCAAAGAGAAUUCGAACCUUAGAAUAUGCAUUCAGUAUUUAGGACACCAUUCUAAGACUACAUGCCAAAAAUCAGCCAAAUCGAUGAGGUAACGUGUCAGGCCGAAGUUCGAAUUUUACAGAAAAUCACUCUUAAAUAACUCCCCGUUAUGAGAAGAAACACAGAGCUUUAUCUGCUUCUGUCAACUCACCGUGAGCGUUGUUUAUCUGCAGUACAGUGCUCCUUGCCAUGUUACAAAGUUUGCUGGCACGUACGGUUUUCCAAAAUAUUUACUUUCCCUUUUUUCUCCAUAAAUUAACUUCUAUUUCCAGGCAAAAUUGGUCUUGCGAGGAAAUCCCGAGUUCACAUAACAGUGACAAAGAGGCCUCCUUUUUCUCUGUAGUGGUCAGUAGAAACAUUGCUUCGAGCGUAUGAAAGUCAAGUACAGUAAAUCACUUCGCAAUAUAAUCACGCUGUUUAAACACCAUGAAGUCUUUUCUAACCUUCAAAAUCAUCAACUCUGGGAUAUUCUUGUAUUUUAAAAAAGUCCUUACUCUGAAACUUGGCAAAACACCCAGUUCACAACAGCGAUUUUGUCUUGCUUGUAUUCAACGCCUAGCGCGGUGAAUAUAACGUCUUGUUAUAUUCCUAGACUUUCACUCAACUAAACAGGGACUGCCAUUGGUUGAUUCUUGGUCACGUGGCCUUGCCUAAAAUCAAAUGUAUCCCGAUCUUGAUACAUCAAGCAUUGUAUCCCGCUCGGGCUACAUUACAGCACGUGAUCAAGGCAUGGUAGAACGUAGGUGGACAGAAGGCGGGAAAACGCUGCCAGUUUUCUUUUUCGUGAAUGAACACAACAACUUGAACACAAACACGAAGCCUCAAGCUAAAAAGCAACGAUUUUUCAAGUCAUACCAGAAGAGAAACAGCAGCUAGUGGAGGAAAAAGGUGCAGAUAAUAUAAGGAAAGUACUUUUGUAAAUCAUUCAUUCAGUGGUUUUAAGAAUUAAAUUUGUGUUGUUAUAGGUACCGAGUCGACUGUUUUGGUUCGCCCGGUUAUUCUUUUGUUGCUGUUAAAGUGAAACUCUAGAAAUAUAACAAAACACUUAAUGUCAGGUCCCUGGACAAACCAAAUAGUUUUGUUUUCCCUCGAGUCCUGAUGUUUCCCUCGACUUCGUCUCGGGAAACAUCAGGACUCUCAGGAAAACAAAACCAACUGUCUCCCUCGGGAUCUGACAUUAAGUGUAUAAUUGUCCGAGAUAGCGAACCAAUCAGAUUGCUUGAAUCACCAAGAUCACUGAGUGUGUAUUUGACAAUUAUUCCUCAAUCCCGAAUGGGCUCUGAGGCAAUGGCCUAUGAGGCCGAAGACCCAAUGAGCAAUUGACUCAGAGGCCAUGAGGGUGAGAGGAAUAAUUGUUUUAGUAAAUUCCAACUAGUUGGUCAAAAAUAUCGAGACAAAAACGCGAUUGAUUUGGUUUUCAAAGACAGCGCUUUUCGCUACUAGUGGGCUAUAACAUAUAGCCUAUGAGUAGCUCAACCAAUCAGAAGCAGCAUUGAUGAUAGACUACUAGUUGGACUAAUAGUCAAUGGUCAGGGAAGUAGCCAGCCAACAGAAUUGUAGACCCGGGCCUACAACUGUUUGGUUUGACCACUCUACCGCUUGUUAUAAAUUAUGCGAUGUUGGGGUUGGUUAAAAAGCUAAAGAGGUCAAAUUAUUGGUGAAGUCAGUGCGUACCAGUCAAAUGAAAGUCAGUCAGGCCUACAGCUAGUCGAAAACCUGGCUACCCUGAUAGUUAUGGAUUCAAAAUCAUUUUGUACGUUUUUGAUAGAUGGUAAGCUUUUAGCAAUUUCUUGAGAAGUAGAUAACUGUCUAAUUUUGACAAGUACUAAGAAGAGCUUUGCAGUUCCUUGGUGUAACUUCCAGCACUGUUCCCGCUUAAUUGUUUCUCUUGUAGGGAGGCGUGGUCAUUGUAGACAGUCCGGGCAUUGGCGAUUCGAAGCAAGUCUGUAGCAUUGCGUUGGAGUUUUUGCCACAAGCCUUUGCCUUUAUCUACGUAAUCAACAGUCCGAAUGCCGGAGGAGUUCACGACGACAGGGUAAGUUUAACAUAGCAGCCAUUUUGUAGUGACGUGUUCGUCUUAAGAAAGUAUAGGAAAAAACGUUUUGGAGUCCUUUAUACUUAUGCUCAUCCCAGUUUCAAAAGGAUUCUUAUACAAGCUGGUUCAUUGACGUUAUACCAUACCUACCGGAGGGAUGGACAGACCGAAGCGUAGCAUUUGCGUUUUGAGCGAAACUUUAAUUACCUUCCAGUGAGGCAGGACUGGAAACAAGAAUUUCUGAAAACGAGAGGGUACAAAGUUUCGGUUGGAUCCGACCGACCGGAGAAAGCACCAUUAGAAUUGAACCUGCGCUUUUAACGAAAAAUUUUUCAGGUGCACCAAUGGGAAGCCUCUCUUGUAUAUUUGGACCAAUAUUUCAAAAACAAUGGUUUGGUGUUUUAUUUUAUUUUAUUUUUUUAGCUCAUGCGUAUUGUGAGGGAAUGGAAAAAACUCUACGGAGAAGACAAAUGCAAGGGCCUCACUUCUGAGUCUGCUUUAUUCGUGUGCAACAAGUGGGACGACGUGGAAAGGCAAACAAAGACCAAUCCCUCAGACAAAGAAAAAAUUAAAAAUGAAAUCAUCUGUAAACUUAAGAAGGAAAUCCCUAACCUAAAUGAGAAAUCCCAGGUAAUUGAAAUGUCAGUCUUCACUGCGGCCGAAAUCCAGCAGAAGUUCGAUGUGAUGAGUGAUGAUUUAAGCAGUCUAAUAAAUGGACUACGACGCCUUCUUCCAGUUUGUCUCGAGAAGAAAACCGAGCACUUCUACAGGUAAUUUGAAUUUUUCGGGAGUGAUUAAUAUGAACACCUCUUCAGUCGUCAAUAUUCCUAGUUUCCGUGUGACAUCACCGUAAUUUAAAAUCGAAACUUGCCAGUUCUUCUAAGUUCAUUAUCUUCGGACAUAAAAUCCCCUAAAACUCUUUAAUUAAUUUUUAUCUUUGCAUCAAUCACACGUCAAUUAAGUGCGGCGGAAGAAGUAAAGGAGUUUCCUGUUAUAGAGCUGCAACGUGGAAAAAAGCAGCAAAAAGAAAUGACUUUGAACAGUUAAUUGCGGGAUUUUCUCCGUGUUAAGGUGUGAAAAUUUAGUAAACAGCUGAAACUAUCAACAGCACAGAUAGGCAGAGACUUUUUAAAAGAGUUUUGAGCUACUUAUUAAGCAGACAUAAUCAUUCACUAAACCCUUGCUCGUGUCUACAGUUACAGAAAAUAUGUGAGGAUAUUUGUAAGACUUACGGACAUUCGUGUUCCUUUAAAAUGGGGUCCUUUUACUGACAGACUUCUCCGUAUUUUAAGCUGAAACCAACUUUUCUUUCACAAUUCACCAGAAUGAAUAGUGGCUGUCUCAAGUCCUUAUCGGAUCAGGUGAAAGGUGAAGUUAACAAUGCAAAACGGACCCGAGAAGAUCGACUCAAAGCUCAAAAGGACGUUGAAGUAAAGCUGCAAAAACUCAAGGACGGCGCCUUCAUAAAGGAGACUGACGAAGCACUCUCCAGGCACGUGAAGAAUAUUUCCGCGCAAGUCAAGUCCUAUUUACAACAGGAUGAAGUGAGAAGCGCGUUUUGCACGUGGGAAGAAAAGGAUCUGCCGCAAAUCGACGACAGUCAACGAGGGAAUGUGGAAAGACUGAAAAAUAUUUACAAGCAAUGUCUUGAACAACGGUUCGAAAAAAUUCUACAGACACUGGAAAAGAGGAAACAGCUAUUUUCCAAAGCUCACGCUGACCUUGAGCAGAGAUUUCGUCAAGGUUUCUUUGAAUUUGAGAAAGACGUACGAGAAAUCGAUCAGGUCCUUGUUGGCGAAUCUACGGAAGAAGUAUUAUUGCAAAUUGAAGACCGUCCUCCCUUGGACGCAAGAGUUAAGAAAUUCAUUUUCCUGACAGGCGUCGUUUUCAUGCCAGUUCUGUUCCCCAUUGGUGUGGCUGCGGGUGUCUUAUCCGCACCGGUAAUUGGAUAUUUGGCCGUCGACAGAAUCCUGAACGAAAGGCAUCUGAGAAACGAUUCCUGCGAAGUCCUAGAAGAACUAUCCACGCUUUUCCUUCAGAGAAACAUUGAUCAAGUAAUUUUCGAUCGAGUUUCGCAAGAAUUUACAGAAGAGGGGGGACGCAUCUCUAGCAUCAAGAGAUACUAUCAGGAGCUGCUUGAGAAAUAUGAGAAGAAAUGCCAGGAUCUCACCAAAAGCGAAGAUGAAGAUAUACGAAAAGGAACUGUCAGGAAACUUAGUCCUUUGCACGCAAAGCUUGAGGAAAUAAGUCAAAACCUAACCUUUGAUGCCAUUCAGCAUGGUAUAAAUGUGAUGUCUCCUGGCUGCGAAAUUGACAAAAGAACUCUUAGUGAAAAAGAGAAACUUGGAGACGGCUCUUUUGGCGAAGUUUACAAGGGAGAGAUCAGCCUUUCAGGGCGUGAAGGAACUAAAGAAGUAGCUGUCAAAAAGCUGAAAGGAACUCUUCAGGCGUCAAACGUUGCGUCCUUCCUCAAAGAAGCAGAAAUAUUGAUGUAAGCGAGUUUCUUUCACAGAAGAGUUAAUUCGCCCUAGGCUUAUAGUCGAUUCACUUCCGUUGACGACCUUCCUUCUUCCCAUGUCUUUGGAAGGAACUGUUGGAGGAGGGAAGGGAAAGGGGGCUCUUCUUCGUGUUCGCGAACGCCACACUUUCCCAGGGGGGUUACGUCCUUAUAAGAGGCUAAUGGGGAAGUGCCGCUAGAUGAGGUCGCAUUGUCACGACUGGAUUGACUAUAAUGGGGUUGCAUUUUGAAUAGAGUUAAUAGAAUGGGGUCGCACGUUUUCGGAUUUUUGGGGUAAGAAAGUUCAGUCUUCAUAUUUACGGUUAGCAAACGUACCAGAAUGUUUGUACUGUAGGUGAAAAGUAAACUGUUCUUCAUUAACCUUAAAAAAUGGGUCAAUUCAUUUUAGGAUGACCUAUUUAAAGGAUUGAUAAGGAAGUGUCUAAGUUUGGAUCGAGAAAAUUACAUUUGCCCAAAAGUGACUUAGAUGAGGUUUAUAAUUGGCCACAGAAUAGACUACAAUGGGGUAGGAUUUCUACUCAGCAAAUGUUAACCCAAGCACCGCUUUUACCUGCGAUCAUAUUGAAAUAAGAACUAAAAUAGAACUAAGCUUUGAUUCUCGGGAAAAGGGUUACUUUUGCGUCUUGGAAUAAUAGUUUGUAGACUAUUUAAAGAGAUGAAAACUAUUUUUUUGCAGGCAACUAAACCACAUCCAUAUAGUGGCGUUAUAUGGAGUAGUUAUGGAUGUCCAGAACUACCAGCUGCGUUCCUUGGCCCUCGUCCUUGAGUUGUGCAAUGAAAGUCUCAAGAAUCACAUCUUCAAAAACAAGACAAAAAUACCGUGGGAGACAAACAGCGCAGCAGUUAUCACAUGCCAAUGGGGUAUUGACAUUUUAGGUGCUCUGGACUUCAUUCACGGCAAGAACAUCGUUCAUCGGGAUCUUAAGCUUGCUAAUGUUUUAGUAAGUCAUUUCAAUUACUACACGAUCCAAAAUUCUCCCUGCAGCCUUUCAAACCGUGGACGCAAACGAUUAACCUUGCAUAGUCCACUGUUUUUUUUUGUGUGUGUGUGUGUACACUGGACCCCUUGUUGUAAACGAUGUCCUAUGUUGCUACUGAAAUGGAACUUCUGCUUGUUCCGCUCAGUAACGUGCAAAUAAUGGUUAAAAUAACUCGCAUGGACUUACUUUGCGUGGCCAUUAUAAUAUUUUAGUGGAGUCCUUCUCAGAGUCGACAAUUAGGGGCGCUGACCGCUGAAUGAAUCUACAGGGGCAAGUUUUCCCUGAAACAUAUCGCUAGUUUAAAAUAAAGCGUCAGUCGUCCAUAUGACCAAAUUAUACCUAUACUUCCUCUUCCACAGGCUACUCAGGGCGUGGUGGGGAGCACGGACUUGGGUGCCGGAGACAAGAGAGAAGGGCGAGUGUGGGAUGAUGGGAUUGAUGGGAAAGAGCACAGAGCUCGAGGGGGAAGUGAUGGGAAAGAUUUCUCCCCAUCCCAUCACUCCCUUUGCUCCCGCUUUGCUUAAAGAUUAACUCAAAUAUCUCCAAAGAGAUCGCAAGCGACUUGGGAGGAGGAAGUAACUUACGAAUAAAACUUUGUCAAGUAGCCUGCGAUUACAGCCGCCUCCAUCGCUCCCCGUCACGAAAAGUUCCCAGCGACGGUGAACAAUGGAAAGCGGCUGUAUUCGCAGCCGAUUUGUCAAGCAGUAAAGUAAAAAGCUACCCAAACUACUUGGAGCCCCAAUUCGCCACUGAAGAAACAAGAAGGUGAACUGCAGCCAAAAUGUGUCCAGCAAUUGUUUCUGGGAUCGUUACUGGGAACGGGCCGGACAGCUAUUGGCCAAUUUUAUCUCUGUCCCGAGUAACAGUCCCAGAAGUCUUAGGGAACGUUUACUCGGCCCAGUUCCUUUGCCGUUUUUGUAGUAAUGAAUUUAUGUACGAUCAGGUUGUGUCAAUUUUUCUGACCAUAGGAGGCUAUUUUCCGAGUUUCCAAAAACCAUUUUAUGUUUUAGGCUUAAAAACGUUCAUGUAUAUGGUUGAAAUGACGAAAGUUUUGGUCACAAUAGUCUUGAGUAAAAAAAGAGUUUAAACAGGUGCAUUUAUACGCAAAAUAACGAAUAAUAGUCAAAGAGAAAUAGUUAUUUUCAUCAGACUGAGAGAUAACUAAUAUUCAUUCGUUUCGUUAUGGUAAAUUUGCGUAAAAACUAUUUCUCCUGACGGUUUCUUAACAUUCGUUUAUAGAUUACCAAACGCGAGCAAAUCAGAGUGGCAGACUUGGGGCUGGCCACCUUUAAAACCCUGAUAACUGGAACAUAUUGUGGCACACCACGCUACAUGGCUCCAGAGGUACGCCUCGAACAGAAAAUCUAUGAUUCCAAAGUGGACAUGUACAGCUUUGGAUUGAUGAUGUGGGAAAUGUGGUUUGGUGAAAGAGUUCUUCCUGAAUCGAUCUCCACGAGUCAAGACGAGGUUAACCGACAAAUAGAGGUGAAGAAACAAGGACGCCCAGGCAGACGCGUACGCCACCCUCCUCCAGCAAAAUGGAUCGAGUUGAUGGUGUCCCUUUGGGAUUCCAAGCCAUGUGUGAGGAAAACCGCGAUGGAAAGUCAAGUCUUGAUAAAAGAAAUUAAACAGUUAGUAAAGGAGGCCGAGUGAUUUAAAACCGAUGAAAGUAUCAUUGUUAAUAUUCACUUUUUAAUGUUCACAUUGCCUGUCGUGAAGACCUUUUCUCUCUGUUUUGGCAUAUGCGAUAAAGGUUAAGGUCAAGUGCAGUAAUACUAACAAUAGACCUACGGGAUCUUUUUUAUCGAUUUCCCGGUAGAAAGAGGUAGAAAGAAAGAGAAAUAUGCGAAUUCGAAGUGGACUUUAAGAAAUCUCUUUUGUUGCUGUUUAAAUCUAACUAGUGAUGAAAUGAUUUCUUCAAUUUCUUAAAGGUCAGGUCUUAAAAGGGGUACAGAUUUGAGAGGCCAGGUGUGAAAACGGGCGUGAAAAAUUGAUAUUUUUUGGUCUGAAAUAGGGUCAGGAUUUGGAGAACCGGGCGGCACACCCACAGCAAUAAUUCGCGGGAGAACCCCUGAGUAUUAUGCGAGCAUUUUAGGGGGACUUUCACGGAAAAUAAUUUUUUUCUCAGAAAAAUAAAAAUAAAAACAGUUUUUAUAAGAAAAUGAAAACUCAAGUUUCACCUCAAUACAGUUGUGUAGACGGAAUUUGUUUUUGCUGUAUUAUUAAAAAUUAUAAUAAAGUUCAGAUAUACAAAGCGCACUCUGAUUGGUUAACAAAACAUUAGCUUAGUGCUUUAGCUUAGUGUUCUGCUUAGUCAGUGUACCACGUUUUAGUGCCAGAUCGUAGAUCACAACCUUUCAGCUCGAACUCGUUUAGUUUUUAUGUUUCAGUCUCUUGUUUCGUAUCAUAUGACUCUUGAUACGAGACCCGUGCUAUUUGCCACGCUUGUUCUUCCUUCGUGACCUAGCAUGUUUCUCUUUUUUUUUUUCACAUCAAGUAAUUUUACUCUCCUAGUUGUAUUAUUUAUCCGUGUUUUAGUAAUUUUUAGCAUCGUUUCCUUUUAGCGCUAUUGUCCUGUCUUAUUAACAGUGUUACUUAAAAUAAUUAUUUACGUUGGACAUCGUACAUCAUACAUGAGACAUAAGACAUCAGACAUCAAACACCGGACAUCAGACAUCAUACACUGGACAACCGACAUCAUACAUGAGACAUCAAACAUCAGCCAUCGGACAUCGAAAAUUGGACAUCAGACAUCAGACAUCGGAAACGGACGUCAGAGAUCAUCACGUUGAAGAGAUUUGCAAGAAAGUAUCUUCAGCUAUAGGCGCCCUAAAACGUGUUUGGCCGUUUAUAUCCAAAGAAACUGGAAUUCAAAUUUAUAAGGCCUUAAUUAUGCCUCAUUUUGAUUACUGCAGCCCCGUCUGGGACUGUUUGAGUGGUUACUUGAGUGAUAAGCUCCAAAAAUUACAGAAUCGUGUAGGCAGAGUUAUUACUAAAUCACCCUUUGAUGCGAGCUCAAACCACCUUCUCUCCACCCUCAGCUGGGAGAGGCUAUCUCUUCGACGAAAGAAACAAAAAGCCUUAAUGAUGUAUAAAACCAUGAAUGACCUUGCUCCGGAAUAUCUACAAAGUCUUUUCUCUCAGCGUCACUCUGCUUACAACUUAAGAAAGUCUGAGGGAAGGCUGACCCUCUCCAAACCAAGCACCAAUUAUUUGAAACGAAGCUUCUCUUACAGCGGGGCCAUGUUAUGAAAUAACUUGCCCAAAAACUUAAAAAAUGCUGCAUCCGUUGAGCAUUUUAAGCGAAAUAUCAAGAAGGUAGCUGAUAUAUCGGAUUCCCACACGGCAAUCAUGUAAAGCAGUUGUAAUUAGUUUUAGUUUUUAACUUAAGCUUAACUGAUGAUUUCCCGUGUUUGAAUAAAGAUUUACAUACAUACAUACAUCGGACAUAAAGACAUAAGACAUCGGACAUCGAACUUCGGACAUCAGACAUCGGGCAUCGGACGUCAGACAUUGGACAUCAGACAUCGGACAUCAGACGUGAGAUAUCAUACAUCGGUCAUCAGACAUCGAACAUCGGGCAUCAGACAUCAGAUAUCAGAUAUCAGCCUUUAGCAAGAAGCCUAAUGGGACUUUGAAACGAAUAAUUAUUGUUUUUGAUGGACCUGUUAAUUACUAAAGACCAACUUGUCUUACUCAAAAAGAUUCUAACGAAUCCAUUUUCGGCGGUACAGUGGGAGCUUUCGUGAACGGACACCCUCGGGAAGCGCGGACGCGAAAAAGGUGUCGGUAACUGGAGCUGGACGCUUACAAGAAUUACGAGAAUAGUUCUCGUAUCCUGUCAUUAACCCUUUAAAGGCUUCUUUCGCUUUUUUUUUUCUCGUUUAUAUUCUUGCAUUAUUUUUUCUCACCUUUUCUUUCUUGUUUUUGCACUUACGCGCUCAGCCUUUUCUAAUUUUAUCUUAUUUAAUGAUUGCCGAUGUCAGUAUUAUAAUUAUUAAUUAGAUAACAUAAUUUUAAAGGUGGUCCUAUACACAAACCUUAUUGGCCUCAUUUUUUUUUUUAAUUUUAUGUGUAUACUUUGUGUGUACGGCAAAAUGAUAAUAAAACUAUAAAUAACUGAAACAAUAUCAACAUGAAAAUUCCCUACAUUGAUCUUCAUACGUUUCCUUGUAAAACUAGUUGAGAGAAUUCGUUUUAUGUUUUCAUCCCUUCUUGUCGACCUAGAUAUACUGCUAAUUAUUUGGCGCUGCAUUGAUCGAGCUCGUUUACUGGUCUGGUAAUUGUCAAACAGUCACACACCUCAUGGAGUUAAUGGCUAUGGGGGAAUCCCCAAAGCCGCUUUUAAUAGAAAAAUAACAGUCUAAAUCACAAAGAAUUUAUUUCAGAGGAGAAAAGGUAACUGGACCAGUAAAGGUGCGGGCAAACAAAACGUCACAAGCAUCAUUAGAAUAAUGAUGCUGCCCCACCCAAGGGAAAUGCAGCACCAAACAAGACAGUGGCAAAAAUGAAGUGUAAUAAUAAGUAAUGAAUACAACUAGACCGUGGCAAAAGAUAUUGUUAGAGACGAUAUGAGAACUGCUGCCCUUGCCAGUCAGUUCCGAAAAGAAAAACGCGAAAAUAGAAAUCGUUGGAAAGUAAUAACAAUUCGAAAAGAGUAUGAAAAUCCCGACAAUGUAGUGACUGCCGCCCUUGCUAGUCAGUCCCAUAAGUCGGAAAGAAUCAAGCUAGUUGGUAGAGGAUAGGGAUGAAAUCCGUAUGUAGCCCAACAGAAGGCAUUAGAUUUCCACCUGCCUAAAACACGAAUCUGCGCGUCAGACAUUCCCCUCUCAGCCGCAUGAGAGGCAGCUCCGAUUCGAAAACUAUGACCUUUGUAGCGUGCCGGGUUAAGACCGCAACGCUUAAUAGCAGUGGUAAGCAGGCCGCAAAAAUACUGUCUAUGAACCGGAAUAAUCGAGCUUAAAUUGAACGGGGCAGAAAGAAGACUGACGUUGCAUGAUCACCGAAAAAGGGGGCUGGUUGUAGCUGUGCUUGUAGUGCAGGAAUGUGACCUUAAGGGAAACAACAUGGUUAGCAGCAUUAACAAGCUUAGCGAUGUUAUCAAUUGAUAAGAGAGAUUUGUUGUUAUUGGUUGCCGCCAUUUCGCCCACACGUAAGAAGGCAUAAAAGGCAAGGGAACACAUAGCCCGAAACAAGCACAACUCGUAAGGGAACAGGGAAAGAUCUGAAGCUAAAUACAAAAUUUUGUGGAGAUUAGGGAGUGUAAUAGGUAAUCUGCCAUCAAUACGCGUGCCAAGCUUACCAUAACCUUUAAGCAUUUGAACGAUAAAAAAUACCUUUGUAGGGUCCGGAAGGCUAAACAACUUAUGAGAAUAACUGAUUGCCGAAAUGUAGGUAUUGGCUGUGGAGGAGGCAUAGUUACGAUCGAACAAAUAGGCAAUAAACAGUGCUAAAUGCGGCGCUGAAAUAGGAAGGAUGACCUUAACCCCGGGAAACGAAGUAUGGAAAAAAUCAUAAAAUAAUUUCCAAGACGGCUUAUACGUAGGCAAAGAGGAAGGUUGGAGACUCGAAUUAAUCAGGUGUGAAACUAUAACUGCCAGUUCUGGGGCUGCAGAUGGAGAGGAAUGUCUGUCGGCGAGUGGUCCGUAAAAGAUGGUGCCAGCCUUUGAAAAGUCUGAACCUGGAAGCGAGAUAAAGCGUCCGCUAAGGCAUUUCGUGAACCGGGAACAUGCUUUGCCUUAAAAACAAUGUUAUUACGCAAGCAAAUCAAAACGAGUUGACUUGACUCUUAUCUCUACAAGAUUGCUUGUUAAUGACACGCACGAGCGCCUCAUUAUCAGUGAAAAAUAAUAUGCAGCGGUUCUUCAUCUCAUGAAUCCACAGGAACAGACUCAAAACGAUAGGAAAAAAUUCUAAAGUCGCAAUGUUCGUGUAAGCCCACCCAUUCGGCCAUCUCCCAUAGCACCAGUGAGUGCCAAAAAUAGCACCAAAUCCCAGAGCCCCGAAAGCGUCGGUAAAUAAGUUCAACUUGUGCGAGUUAAACCAUUCGUCGAGUAAAAAGAAAGAUUUCCCAUUAAAUUUAGACAGAAAGAAUAGCCAAAGACGGAGAUCUGCUUUAGCUUCGCUAGUUAGGCGAAUGAGGAGAUGGGCUGACCGUAUUCCAAGCGUAAGAUCGAUCAGUCGCCUCAGAAAAGCACGACCAGGUUUAACAACAGCACAAGCGAAGUUUAGGAGACCAAGGAGAGAUUGAAGCUCCUGCAGGGUAACUUUCUUACGCCGAAGGAAUUGCGAAAUGAAAGUAGUGCAUUUAUGAAUUUUGUCACGGGGGAGUCGGGCUUCCAUAGACUGAGAAUCUAGUUCAAUGCCUGCGAAAGAUAUGGUAGUCGAUGGACCAACUGUUUUGUCCGGUGCGAUGGGGAUACCCAAAUAAGAACAAAGGCGCAAAAAUAAAGCUACAAUCUUGGACAAAACUGUUGAGAAAAUUGUGCACUUGGACAGCAUUUUUGUAAACAUCGCAGCUUUACCGGUUUUUCCCUCUCCCCCUUCCCCUGAAAGCAAUGUUGUUGUGUACUCAAAAGAAAGCCUGAUCCCUGGGCGUUUGUGGGAAGCAACAUUGAAUUGGGGGAAGGGGUUUUCGGAUCACUCACCGUUUCUGGGAACGGAGUCAUCUUUCUACCGACGCUCAAAAAUAAAUAAAUACACGCGAAGGCUCCUGAAGACUCGACGAGGACGUCUCGAUGUCACUUUAUGACCUUACGAGGAUUACUCUAUAACACAGGAUGACUCGCCGAGGAUGACUCGAUGAGGCACCAUUACUUGGCGACCCAACGAGGGUGACUCGACGAGGGGACGACUCGAAGAGGACGACUAGGCGAGGAUCACACGACGAGGCAAGAUGAUUCGACGAGACUACUGAGUCAUAACCAGAAUCCCAGAAGUAGUCAGGGUUGUUUGUGAGGGACAUCUGUUUUGCGAAUUGUGUUGACGAGUUUAUUUAUUUAUUUUUUCAAUCAUUUGAAAUGUUCAAUCUAUUAUUAAUGACAUUUAUGGCCAAUCCAUUGUUCUUAUUAUUAUAGACACAUUUCAUUUCAUUUCAUUUCAUUUAGUAUAAUUAUAUUGUCAGCCUUCUUGCCUGCCAAAUUUGUAAGCUGAAUGAUAAUGGUGUCGAUGGUUUUCGCCAUUUUAUUUCAAGAUCACGUGUGUAAUGCAACUAACUGCAGGCAUAAACAUUCAUGCGCUUUCUCUCCUUGCGUUCAAACUUAUUUUUCUACCUUCUAGUGUUUACAAAAGACUAUUUUUAAAGAGAGAGAGAGAGAGAGAGAGAGAGAGAGAGAGAGAGAGAGAGAGAGAGAGAGAGAGAGAGAGAGAGAGAGAGAGAGAGAGAGUACUAACGGUUAUGGGAGUCCCGAAAAUCUUGAUAAUGAGUUAGAGUCACUAUUUAAAAGAGCUGUGUCGCCAAAUUUACGGCCAAAUUGAGUGAAACAAAAAAAAUUAACUGCUCAAAACAUGAAAAAGCGGGUAUAAAUAACAAAGCAGUAACAUAUGGAGUAGAGGAACGGAUGGAGAAAGUUGAAAAACAUUUAGACAGAAAGCAGGAAGGUUUUUAUCUAUUGCUUCUGCACCAGAGAAUAUUUGUGAGAUAAGGGUCUGACAUAAUAAAUUCAUAAACUGUGAUGGUAUGUCCAGAUAAUAUAACAAGAUUUUAGUGUUUAUUGCCAUGAAUAAGCGCUAUAGUAGUGUUUCAUAAAACCAAACAAACUCAGAGGACAACAAUCAGUGAAAGAUUCCGGCAAUUCUACUCUUUUACAAAAAGGUCAACUCUGCUAGUUAAAGACAUUAGAAAAACUACGUUUGUGCAUUCAUUUUCCGUAGAACAAAAGGCAAAAUUGUUACCUUUUUUGUCUUUGUCUUUGCUUGUCGUUUAGCUUAAAAGUUAAGAAAAGGUACCUUUUUUGGAAAAAGAAGGUAGAUAUUUUCCGCUUUUGAGUGAAUGAUAUUUUGACGUCAAUAUUGUCCGCUCUUCAUUCAUUUCUCACUUUACCAGACAAUUUUAUAAAGCGCGAAAAAGGCACCUUUUUUUUCGGUUUCAAGCGAUCUCAUGAAAGGCGCGAAAAGUUAUCUUUUUUGCAGUUGGAAGCGAUGUUCUCAAAAGCCCCAAAAUGGUACCUUUUUUGCAGUUGGAAGUGAUUUUGUUAAAAGUGCGAAAAAGGUACCUUUAAAGUCUUUAAAAAUAUAAAACAGUGUUUUCAGGCUUUGGGAAGCCAUUUAAACCCUACUGAUCGACAGAUGUCAACUGUUGGCACCUCUUGAGCUUCAAUGAACGACGCACAGACGUUUUUGAGAGGAUUCUAGGUGAACCUGUUAAAAUUGAAAUGGUCUACAAGGGGAAUCAGCGGAGUAAAAAAUUUUAGCUUGCUCCUUUUAGCCAAGACUAGAAGAAAUCCCAAAAUACUGGCCUCCAGCCAAAUGGAUGAAAUGGCUCCUGAAAAUGUAACAACUACUGGUACUUUAAAACUAGAUGCAACAAGAAGAGGAGCUCAGCAAGGGCAAUUUAAAGCGUGGAGCAAAUACUUUAACCUGAAAGAAGUCCUACAUGAAAAGUCCAACCAUUUUAAUUUGCAAAAAAAUUCUACCUCGAUCUACAGUAAAAAGCAGAGGUGUUCAUUGUUCUUUUCCUUUAAGUCUAAACUGAGCUGGUUCCGAGCGGGUCUUUUUAAUAACUGUCUCGUUUGGUGGAUGAUGUUUUUCACUCCAGAAAGGUUAUUAGAGCCUUGGUCCUGGGGUUAUUCUUGUUUGCUAUAAUGUAAACUAAAUAAUUUAACUUCAGGUGCUUUUUGAGCUACAGGCCGAAGUAAAGCCAUUAACAGUAAAAAUGCCACUAUACAUGUACCUCUGACACCUCUUAACUAAAUACUAAAGUAGGCCUGAACAGCUGUCCUCUAUUCGAGCACUUUGGUUAUUUUUUUUUUCAGAGAAAAAGAAAACUAGAAAUUUUCAAAUAGAAAAUACACUCUCAAAUUCGAAACCAAAAAAAUUCAAAUGCCACCGUUUAGACAAUUGUCUUUUGGUGUAUCAAAGCCAUAAGCAUACAUUGUUGUUAUAACACUUAUACGUAUUAUAAUCGCAUCAUCGCGCAUUUUAGUGAAUUUUUUUAAGGUAAAGCAUUUUAAAUGCACAAGAGCCUGGCCCGAAUUCUCUUCAGGUUACUUAUAACUGGCACCAACCAGUGACAAUGCUUCCAGCUUCACUCCGACUCUGAUCAAGAUGGCUCACACUUAUGCUAAAAUCAAGCACGGGCAAUAGAUUUUAAAACUGCAACCUGACACUGUUACAGUGUCAAGCUCAGCAAGUGUUUUCAAACUUGGCCAACAAACAGGGAUUAUUUGUCUCUUGACUAGUGGAUCAGUAAAUUCUGACAGAAAAAUUUAUAAAAUGGCACCAACGGUUGACAUCUGUCAAUCAGUAGGCUUUUAAAUGGCUUCCUGUGGCUUAAAAACACCAUUUUAUAUUUUUAAAGACUUUAAAGGUACCUUUUUCGCACUUUUGAGAACAUCACUUCCAACUGCCAAAAAGGUACCUUUUUCGCGCUUUUGAGAACAUCGCUUCCAACUGCAAAAAAGGUACCUUUCUGUGCCUUUCAUGAGAUCGCUUGAAACCGAAAAAAAGGUACCUCUUUUGCGCUUUAAAUCAUCGUUUGGUAAAGUGAGAAAUGGACGAAGAGCGGACAAUAUUGACGUCAAAAUAUCAUUCAAUCGAAAGCUGAAAAUACCUGACUUCUUUUUCAGUUAGGUACCUUUUCUUAACUUUUAACCUAAACGACAAGCAUAGACAAAAAAGGUAACAAUUUUUCAUUUUGUUCUAUGAAAAUGAAUGCAGAAACUCAGUUUUUCUGCUGUUUUUAACUAGCAGAGUUGACCUUUUUGUACAAAAGUAGAAUUGCCGGAAUCUUUCACUGAUUAAUAUUGCCGUCAAAAUAUCAUCCACUCGAAAGCUGAAAAUGCAUGACUUCUUUUUCAAAAAAAGGUACCUUUUCUUAAAUUUUAACUUAAACGACAAGCAAAGACAAAAAAGGUAACAAUUUUGCAUUUUGUUCUACGAAAAAUGAAUGCAGAAACGUAGUUUUUCUGCUGUUUUUAACUAGCAAAGUUGAUCUUUUUGUAAAAAAGUAGAAUUGGCGGAAUCGUUCACUGAUUGACAACACGGUGCCACAAUCAUUAUCAUCACCACCAUCAUUAUUAUUGUUACUAUUAUUAUGGCACUAAAACUCAGGGACCUAGAGAGACCAUUUAAUUGGCAAGUACGCACGCGGUCCACAUGGUCUCAAAAACUUCACACAAAACAAAGUUUUUGCUUUCCUUUCACCCAUUUGCCCAGUAGCCGCCCGUAAUCACCGGUGCGGAUCCACAUCGCUUCUUCCACUUGUAAUGUCAUCAGGUUUUGUCCGCUAACUUGGGCAGAGUGAAGAGAUCUUUUAAACCAUACCAAAAUGAGUACAAUUCAGUCAAGGGCUCAAGACAAAAAAAUAAAAAUUAAAAAAUAACCAUGUUACAUUGACCGGAAAAUUUCCGUAAAAAUCUUUUCCUUACCCACCUUGAACUAAGGCUUUCUCACUUUCUGACUGAGUAUAACGCAUUUUCUCGAUCCCGGCGUUUACGGUAAAAACCUGCGUAUAAGAGCUUAAGUUUUUCCAAGCUAGGCUGAGAAGGUUCUUAUAAAAACGUUUAAUUUCUGGGAAUUUUUUUUUAUUUUUAAAGGUAAACAAUGUGUUUGUCAUUGGUGGGUGUGGCCUAUAUUUUGGACCUACUGUUGGUCGCAUGCAUAAUCAAGAGAGAAUGAGCUUAGAUCACUCUCUCUUGGCAUAAUAUGUUACGGCAAAUCCCUUAUCACGUGCACGUAGGUCUACAAGUAGAAGUACAUGUUAAUUGUCUCAUUAAAAGGGAUUUAUCUUCACUCUCUUGCUUCAAUUUACUGACUGGUAGAGCUUGUUCUAUCAUUUGCACAAAUUUGCUGCUCUUUGCAAAUACCGUAAAAUAAGUCCCGCGCCUUAUAUUUUUCGAAGGCCCUUUUUGAAGAGCUUAUGGAGGGGUUAAUCUUCGGAUUAUUAGCUUAUCUAUGAGGGGAAAUUUGCGUUUCAAAAAUUGAUUGGGCUAGCCUUAGAAAUUGUCGUCUCGCUGGGACAGCGGCGCUGACUGGCAACAGAAAACUCAAUCGCACAAAAAGGGUUAUUUUAAUAACCCUUUUUGUGUGUCCAUGAGAAGACCAGGCAGAACCAGGCAGGGGGUGAUAAUGCUCAAAUCACCGAUUUCGCUCAAACUCGGCACAAAUGUUAGGUAUCAGGAGUUAACUUAUGUGAAAGAAUGUCAGGUCCAAAUAUUAAAUUCCCUGGGAGAUCCGGGCUCCCCCUGUAAAAAUCGCCAUUUUGCCCGUUUCAUGCAUAAUUAAUUAGCUAACUUUACAAUGCCAGUGCAACAAACAGAAAAGCCACCCUGAACUUAAAUGCACUGAGAGAUGAUCUGAGUUCAUAAGACUUUAAGCACGUUAAACUGUUUAAAGUCGCCGAUUCGAUUUCCUCCCUCUUAGCCCCCUUAGGUUGGGUCAUCAUUUCCAAGUUUUGAGUAAGUCGUAAAAUUAGGUAUUUUAUUCCCAAAUAUCUCUGAUGAGCAACAGCUUAUCUUUAUAACUUUUGCAUGAGUAGUUAAAGCCAUCACUUAAGUUGAGAAAAAAGAUCAUAAAAAGUUUGGGCAAUUCACUUUCUUCCAUGUGUUGACAUAAACUGUUCAUGUGACUGAACGACUUUUGCAUAUUUCAUCAAAAUUCAGGCCCUCACAAUAUUCGUGUGUUUGCCUUUGAAUGAGGAGAAAUCAGACAAAAAAACUCAUCAGACAAUGAUUUAACAUUAAUAAGGGUAAAAUCGUUGAAAUUGUUGUGCAAGAAACCCUAACGAUGAUUUUUGAUAGCUAUAUAAGCGAUCUUUUCAACUAAAAACAACAUACAAAGAUUUAAUUCACAGUUUUACUUACGUUAACAAUUUCGCCCUAAAAACAAUAUAAACGGUCAAUAAAAUCCAUAUACGUAUCUCUUAGAUGUUUCAACUGCUAGUUUGUGCACGCUUUGAUUUGUUCCCCAUGCCACCGUCGAUGUCCAGUUAAGCGUAGUUCAGCGCCGUGACUCGCUGUACGACUAAAAUUCCUUAGCCAUCAGUUUACGCACCAAAAUCCAAAUCAAGUUGUUUUAGGAGAAAACAAUACGAAAAGUAGAAAGCCGAUUUUUAACCCAUUGAAAGAAUUAUUUCUGCCACUGUUGUAGCUCAAUUCACAUGUUACAAAUGUCCGCCAUCUUUGACAUUAACUGGAGCCCGCAUUUUUAAGCAGCGGUUGCCACCAUACGGAAACAUCGUAUCGGGAGUCAGGAGCCAGGAGCCAGGAUCCAGGAGCGAGAGUCCAGUGAACAAAAUUCAGUCGAAAAUAUGACUUUCCGACAUUCUUUGAGAUUAUUUUAUUGUUAUUGUAUGCUAAUAAAUAAUUUAGAAUUCCAAAUCUAUUGGCAACUUUAUUCAGACCAUGAUAAUAAAUGAUCCCAUGUCUUCUCAAACUCGAAGAUAGAAGUCGCUUUGUCUUCGUGUUUUGGAAAGAACUAUUUAUUGUAUUUUAGUCGCACGUGAAAUAGCAGCGAAGUGAAGUCGGAUCUUCGUGCAGACCAGUUCAAAGAGACAAAUAAAGCGUGAGACACGUCCAAUUUGGCUUGCGACAAGAAUACCAUUUUUUUUUUUUCAUACUGGAGUCCCUUCUCCCCAGGGGAGUGGCCAAAUUGCGUACAAAUGCCCUACACUGCUGGCACCAGAUUUGACUGUCAUAAACACUGAAUUUUUUAUCUAGCACUGUCGUUUGCGGGUCUUAUAAAGCCUAACUGUGGCAGUAAUGUUCCCAAGUAGAACUCAAAAUACACCACACUUUCACUUUGAGUUAGAUAUUUUUCUCAAACAACCGCUUCCAUAUGUUUAACACCCUUCCCAAAUUGUAAUACAGUGGAAGCUCUCGUAAGAGGACACCCUCGGGAAGAGAAAAAGGCGUCCUUAACUGGAGCUGGCCGCUUACAACAAUGAAUCUCAUACGGUAACUCUGAAACGGAUAUAUAAGAAUGAUUCAUAACAGUGACAAACAGCAAUGACUGUGGACAUGAUAUGAAAAAAAAAACAACAACAACAACAACAUUAAGAGGUGGAUAAGAUUUUCUUUCGAGUGUCUGCUUACGAGAGCUUUAAAUCAAAGCUAACAUCUAAUUCACCGGUAAACCCUUUAAGUGUCCGCGGCCGCCUACGGGAAUGUAAAAAUCCAGAGUUUGUGUGGAAGUUGAAACGGGAUUUUGUGAUGGCGGUCGUAAGUAGAGCUAUUCGCUAUAUACGAGAGUGUCCGUUAAGAGAACUUAAUCCACUGUAUGAAUCCGCAAAUGACAGCUUAAAUGAGAAGCUAAUAUAGUGUAUUAGUCUGUGUUCAAGAAACUGUUCUUUUACACCUUCCUUGAAUAGCUAAAGAAGUCUUGUCGACUUUUUUUGCAGUGUAUUAGUGCCUCCUUUUGGGUCUUUUGUAUUCCUCAGAAGUUUUUCCUCAACACUUUUAUAAACGGUUAUUAUUAUAUUUUUGUAGUCAAUAAUAUACCCAGAUACAGAUACCAACCUGUAUAGUUGUAAGACUACGAGGAUUAAAAUACAAGUAAGUAAGUCAGUAUACCCAAUGGCAAGUCAUUAAUUGUCUAAAAAUUGCACGGCACGGUCUGACUACGAAAAGGGCUAUUAUGGACGAUUAUUAUCAUGGUAAUUAAUGUCAACACCGAAUAAACUCAAAAUUUCAAGUAACACGACUUUCGCAACCUAUUUUCAACACGCCAGUUAUAACAAGAUAUUGGCGCGUACAAACAAUAGGUAGCGUAUUCCGCAUUCCGGAGUCCGGUAGUCCGGCGUCACAGAUUCCAUCGUUUUGGCAGAGUCCAAAGUCAAAGAUGGAGGGUGUUCGAGCAGGUGGUUGUUUUCCGUAGAUAUAGACGGAUUGUCAGUGAUCUUUCUUGUCCUUUGAGAAUGAUUUUGUUCAUUCUGACUACAACUUAUUUCAAAGACUUCGAAUGUUCGGUGAAAAGCCGACACUUUUAAUUUUGCAAUGUUUCAAGAUGUUUCGAUUUCAUUACCUCGUCACGAAGUAACGCCACAGAGGACCAGACGAAACUGGAGCAGCAAAUCUGAACUAAAGCAUCUGAGAGACGUGUAUGUAACAUUUGUUCACUAUCUUUUAUCCUUGUUGGGUCUUGUUUCACCUACAAGUUGGACCGAUCGAGGUUUUGAACUAAAUCUUUUGCUCCUUGUGUUUACUCAAGCGUUCCAUAAAAUAUCCAUCCAAACGUCCAUAAAUAACACAGAAAACAUGCCUCAGGUGACACUUUCUAACAAUUCCGCUAUUAGUAUCGACAAUGAGGCAUCUGAUUUGUGACUUCUCGCCAAGUUUGUGCUAUUUUUGUUAAGAAAAACGAAUGUUACGUUUCCUCGUAUUUUGGUCAAAUGACAAAAAAGAGUCAAGUCAGAUGUACAUAAUACGUCAUUAUUGAUAAAGUAUGAGAUUGCCCAAAUAUUUUAUGAUUGAUUUGAUAACCUUAAAGAUGUCUUUCAAAGAAUAUGUGAGAAUUAAGUACAUAGGUUGUUGCUCAUGGGAGAUGUUAGCCACUAAAAUACCUUAAAUUUAGGGUUUGGUCAAAACAGUUAGAAGAUGUCUUUACUUUAGGCUAAAUAAUAGGAAGAUAUGGAAUUAGAGAGUAAAAAUAAAUUACUGAGCAUUAAGUCUGAUAAACAUGGAAGAUGAUAAAGUUGAUUAGAUUUGAAGUUGUCUUUUCUUCUUGUUGAACAGCCAAACCAAAGUUAGCUAAUUAAUUAUGCAAAAAUGAGUAGAUUUUGUCGUUUUUAGGGGGGGGGUCCCUGUAAAUCCCAGGGAAUUCAAUAUUGCGACCUUAUUUUUUGUCGAGGUUAAUAUCUCACCACACCCAUCAAUUGUGCCAAGUUUGAGCGAAUUCCGUGAUUUGAGCAUUAUCACUGCCUGCCUGGUUCUCUCAUGGACACACUCUUAAACUAUCUAGCAUUCUGCUUCGCUUGCUUUACUAAAACGUUAAUUAGCAAGGCGUUCAAACAGCUUUCUGGGUAUAGUGGAGCCUUGAGUUGCGUACACUCCUUGUAAGCAAACAGUUUUCCAAAAUGUUAUUAGUUUACAUUUCUAUAUUUGGAUAGGAACCUGUCUAAACUAACACCUCUCGUAAGCGACCGUGGCCACUUUUAGAGUUAAAAAUUUGAAAUUUGCUUUUUUUUUUAACUCUCGUAAGCGAUCACUUGACAGAUAAUAGAGGGGAAAAUUGUGUAGUGCUGUGUAUUUCUUAUCUAAAGUACCUCGAGCAAUCAUCUCUUGACUUCUUUUUUACCAAAAUAGGAAGUACAUUAAUUUUGUAUCUAUAGCUAGUGCAGUAUAAGACGUACCAGUCACGAACCUUGCUCCUCUUGAAACCACAUGUACACUUGCCGUUAAGGUUCGUUCAUUUUUGACUUCCGUUAAUUUUGCUUUCGUUUCAGUUUAAAAGAAGCACCAUCUUUGUAGACGUAGCACAAUCGAAAAACAUGAUACCCACCAUGUCUGAACUCUGCUACGCGACCAUCUCCCGUAAGCGACCAACUGGGCUUGACAUUUUGGGCGGGUGCUUACGGGAUGUUCUGGACUGGGUUUUUUUGAGAAAGUUGCCCGAAAUUUGCGGAGCAAUAGUGGCUCACCCGUAGCGGGGGAGGAGCCGGCGUUUAUUCCAUGCCGGCGUUGAAUCAAAAAGUAAUACGGAAACCAGAACCAUUACCACCCCCUCAUUAAGGCAAACGUUACUAAAAAAAGACAGGCAGAUUCCACAUUGAUCACAUUUAAUUAAUGUAGGCUUAUAUUAUUACAAGGAGACGGAAGAAAGGACACUCGGUAAGGCUCGGUAUACUUACUAACACAACUAAACAGAAUAACCCUUAGGCAUUUGUGAGUAUAAUCAUCGCCAUUCCCCUUUUUUCUUUCCUUCUUCUCUGUUUUCCGUUUGAUUUUUUUAUUCAACAUGUGAUCUUCGAGUAUGGUAUGUCCAGAGAUAUAACAAGAUUUUGGUGUUUAUUGCCUUGAAUAAGCGCUAUAGUAGUGUUUCAUGAAACCAAACAAACUCAGAGGACAACACGGUGCCACAAUCAUUAUCAGCACCACCAUCAUUAUUAUUGUUACUAUUAUUAUGGCACUAAACUCAGGGACUUAGAGAGACCAUUUAAUUGGCAGUAAGCACGCGGUCCAUAUCGUCUCAAAAACUUCACACAAAACAAAGUUUUUGCUUUCCUUUCACCCAUUUUUCCGGGAGCCGCCCGUAAUCGCCGGCGCUGGUCUACAUCGCUUUUUCCACUUGUAAUGUCAUCAGGUUUUGUCCGCUAACUUGUGUAGAGUGAAGAGAUCUUUUAAACCAUACCAAAAAGAGUACAAAUCAGUCAAGGGUGCAAGACAGAGCGGAGCACCAUGGGUAAGAAAAUUUGGUAAACUAUCCAUCCGAGAAAAUUUGGUUAUGACGUAGAGUACGCCCACCCGUACACACACUUCAUGUAAGCCGAUGUCAAAUAUCACAAUAGAUCUUGCACAACUUGACUAGCCUCUUAGUUAUGUAAGCCAUCCGUAUGAGUACGAUUAGAUUGACAGCUGUCAAAAUCAGACAUCCGCUGACAAUUAUCACAUGACCAUCUCGCGGGCUCAGAUAAAAGACCAGUCGUUUUACCCCUAUAUAUAAGCUGAUAUAAUAUGUCACACUUACCAAUUCAACAUAAAAACGAAACUACGCUGGGCAAGGCUGUCAGUUGACUGACAGUCGUUUAAAGUUACAUUGGCAAGCCAAAUUAAGGUCAAUUGACAGCUGUCAAAAUGGGACAUGUGCAGACCACAAUCAGAAAACUAGUAACGUGGGCUCAGGUUCGCUCAGGUACACGAUCUGGCAUUUUCCACUACAUGCCGGACGGAUAUGUCCUACUCACACUCGUAGUCUGUUAAUUCGAAUAUUCGCCAUUCUAAUGAAGGUUAAUUGACAGCUGUCAAACUAGAGUAUACGCUGACCAUCAUCACCUGAGUGGAUCGCGGGCUCAUUUUUCUAUCCAUUGAGGUCAAGUAGUGUUUAAAGUUUUGCGCAUAUAUUUUAUUUGAUCACAGGCUCAAUUCAAAGCCCCAUAGCUUUAUAGAAAAUCUGUCCAUCCUAGAAAAUUCGGCAAGCACGUGACCGUACACCGACCACCCGACCUUCCGUCUGUCCGCACUACAGGCAUACCAAUGUUUCUGCUGACCAGUAUCGCCUGACCGUAUCGCGGGCUCAGGUAUAGACCCUCUGAGUUCGAGUAAUUUUUGAAGGUAUCUGCUGACAAGUUGCUUCUUUUCAAAUGAUCGCAGGCUCACGUUCAAUUUUUUUAAAAUGCAUAUGAAAUAAGUCGUGUUCAUGAGCCGCACUUUUAAAAUGUUGAUUUCGAACUGACCUCGGACACGAAAGUUCAACCGGCUUUUACAUUUAAAUGCAGGGAAAGCAAUCGCUUUUGACUUUUCUCACUGUCACGUGUUCAUCACGCUCUACGUCCCAUUUUUAUGUUCUGAUUGGUCAAAAUUUGACAGGUGAGUUUAUGGGGAAAAUUUAUGCAGCGUCUGGAAACUUGCUUACUGAUAGCUGGAGCUGAUGGAGUUUUGUGUCAUCUUGUGAUGUUUUAAACUGUCUUUUUCUACUUGGUGUACAAAAUGAAAUACAGCUGCUAUCAACAUUGUUCUGUAAUUCGUGGCUGGUUUGCUUAUUGCGCUUUUUGUUGACAAAUGCAUCGCUUGGCAAAGUCAUUGGAAAUCCGAUUUCGGAUGGCAUCGUUUUCAAAAAUGAGCUUACUCACUUGCCCUUGCUUGAGGCGUAAGAGGGUUUAAAAGUCUCAAGCGAUUCUGGAACACUUGAUGACCUUCAGCAUCUCGACUGGUAAGCCUGAGCAAUUAUUGUCUUUGAUGAGUUUUUUUUCGGUUUCCUGAAGUCGAGCGUAUGGUUUAUGCGGCUUAAGUUUAUACACGAGCAAUUAUCUAACCUACAAUAGUAUCAGGUUUAAAAAGCCUUUAGACACUUUUGACCCGCAAAUUCAAAGAAAAGGUUCCGAAGAUUAUUUAGUUAUCAUUUUGGCAGUAAACGGAAGGCUCUGAGCGAUUUUCUUGCCUCGAGUUCAUCUUGAAAAAGAGAAAACACCGGGAAGCCGGCUUAAAACAUAAAUAAGCUUAUGCUUACCUGACUCAUGAUUUUCUGAGACACUUUACUCUCAAUACUUCUCUUCGUGAAUGAAAAUUAUUGUCUCUGUACAUGUUUCACCGAAUUAAAUUUAUUUUAUUGAUUGUUAGUAGUCCCUCUCGCAAUUUUUAUCGCUGCACCGGUUUUUUUUUUUUAAAUUUCCAGUCGAACAUAAACAUCGCAUGCAAGAAUACUCAAAACGCCGCGCGUAAAUAUCACUCGCUUUUAAAGAUAACACAUAAAAAAAUCAUGCACAGUUUAAUGAAUAAAGGGAAGUAAAACCUAAACAUAACAAUUUCUCUAUGAUGUUGAAGCGUGAAUGGUAACUCUAUUAAUCGCACUGCAAAUUUGGUGCCUGUCAAAAGUGAGAACCCGUCCGGCUUGCCGAAAAGUGAUUUUGGGAAUUUUUUUUAUCGUUUUCAUUAAAAGCCCAUAAUUAUUACCCUGCAUAUCUAGGACCAGAUUUUUCUAACUGAAAAGUCCCGGCAUUAUAGAAUUCUUUUCAUGAAAACGUUUUACAAUUCAAUGCUAUAAUUUGUGGUGCAAACGAAGCGCGUGCUUUGAUCGUCGUGGAUAUUGAAUGAGUGCAAAUUAUCUUGCCAAAUUGUGAAAAACUGCAGAAUUAUAGGUUUAAAUAGAGCAAAAAAGAACAAAUUCUGUCCGAGGUCUGUAUGAUAAAAAAGGGCCUCAUAGUACUGUUUACCUGAGACGUGAUGAGAAAAAGUAUGUUUAAAAGGCUGGUUUACACGCCACCAGAUUCGUCGCCAAGAUUUACUAGUAAACUAAACUUGUCGAACACAAAAAAUCCGGCCUGAUUUUUUUAUUUUGGCCUCUCUUUUAGACAGAGGAAUACAACGUGUAAAUUGGCUGCCACCAAGGACUAUCGUGGCGCGGGGUUAUCCAAUUAUCCAUAGUCUCUCUAACGGAGCAAUGUUGGUGAGACUGGUGAAUGCCACAUUAUGAUGCAACAGCUAAUGCAAAUACAAUACACGAAUAGGUCUAUUUGUUUUCCAGGCCUAAUCUACUGUGAUCGAACAUGAUUGCCAUUUUUCGGUGUACAAAUAAGACUAUUUAAUAACUCGAUGUAAAAUUUGUUUCACUCUUGGACGGUCAAAUUCUGAUUUUUCUCUAAAAUCACUCAGCCUUUGCCUCAAAAGUCAAAUGAAUGUGCCCUGAUCUGUGGAUUACAAUUGCAAGUUUAUUGUUUGAUUUAAAUUAUGAAUUUAUUAACGGGAGCUUCGCUUUUAGCCCUGGCUAAAUCUAUAUAUUAUAUUUGCGACAUAUUUACAAGGAGUAAAUUUGUGCAAAUCCAUUUUCUCUAUUCAAGAAAAGUUCAAAUGCCUUUGUCUUGAAAGCCCAUGUUCUGCCUUUAUACAAGUUGCUCUAAUAUAUUUUCAAAGAGUUGCUUAAAAGUUGCUUUGGCUCUUGUAAAUUUGCUCCCAUCCUUUUUGCAUAUCUGACAGGGUUUUCAGCUUCCUUUGACCACAAGUCGACUUCAGAGUUAGAAAAACGUUUUUCCUUAACGAGUUUUUACAUUUCGUGGUCGCCAUUUUGGAAAUUGUUUGCUGUUCGGCAACAGAAAACUCAAUCGCACAAAAAGGGUUAUUAAGCUAUCUAGCAUUCUGCUUCGCUUGCUUCACUAAAACGUUAAUUAGCCAGGCGUUCAAACAGCUUUCUUGGUAUAGUGGAGCCUUGUGUCCCCUCUUGUAAGCGACCAGUUUUCCAAAAUGUUAUAAGUUUACAUUUCUAUAUUUGGAUCUAACACUUCUCGUAAGCGACCGUGACCACUUUUAGAGCUACAAAUUUGAAAUUUGCUCCUUUUUUUAACUCUCGUAAGCGAUCACUUGACAGAUAAUAGAGGGGAAAAUUAUAUAGUGCUGUGUAUUUCUUAUCUAAAGUACCUCGAGCAAUCAUCUCUUGACUUCUUUUUUAUCAAAAAAGGAGGUACAUUAAUUUUGUAUCUACUGCAGUAUAAGUUACCAGACACGAACCUUGCUCCUCUUGAAACCACAUGUAUACUUGCCGUUAAGGUUCGUUCAUUUUUGACUUCCGUUAAUUUUGCUUUCGUUUCAGUUUAAAAGAAGCACCAUUUUUGUAGACGUAGCACAAUCGAAAAACACGAUACCCAUCAUGUCUGAAUCUGCUACGCGACCAAAUCCCGUAGGCGACCAACUGGGCUAGUCAUUUUGGGCGGUCGCUUACGGGAUGUUCCGGACUAGUUUUUUUUGAAAAAGUUGCCCGAUUUUUGUUUUUUAAACAAAGUUGUCAAAAACCGACAAAGGUGCUCACUAUGCUCAAAGUGGUAGAAGUUGUCAAAAGAUGUGGCGGGGGAGGGGAGGGGGGUAUAAGGGGGGUUAACAACUUCACGUAUAAGAGCCGGCGUUGAAUCGAAAAGUAAUACGGAAACCGGACCCAUUACCACUCGCUCAUUAAGGCAAACGUGACUCAAAAAAGACAGGCAGAUUCCACAUUGAUCACAUUUAAUUAAUGUAGGCUUCUAUUAUUACAAGGAGACGGAAAAAAGGACACUCGGUAAGGCUCGGUAUACUUACUAACAACUAAACAAUAUAACCCUUACGCAUUUGUGAGUAUAGUCAUCGCCAUUUCCCUUUUUUCUUUUCUUCUUCUAUGUUUUCCGUUUGAUUUUUUUUAUUCAACAUGUGAUCUUCGAGUACACUUAUCUACAAACUUAAAAAAGCAAUUUUAAUCAAGUGAUUCAGAUUUCUACCAAUGCAACUGAUCUAAGCUCUAAAUUUCUAACUUUAAGGCUCAAUUAAGGUGUUUCGAUACAGUUUUUCAGAGGCCAUACCGAUAUUUUUCAAUCGCCUUACAAGUGGUUUUAAUUUUUCUUUGUCCGAUCGCUAUAAAAAUUUCACCAGUUAUUGGCUAUGGAUUGAAAUUUGUGAAAAUGUAGUCUUAAGUAAAAUCUAUAUUUGUCAUAGUAAUAUCGAUUUACUAAAACCUACAUUUUGACAAAUUGCAAUCUAUAGUCAAUCAUUGGUGAAAAUUUUGUAGCGAUCAGUCGCUUUUAAAGCGAUUGAAAAAUAUCGGUAUGGCCUCUGAAAACUAUAUCGAAACACCUUAAAGGUGAUACAAUUACUGCCUUAUAAAUAAUCUUGUUUUGACAUCUAUUAAGAUUUUGAAAUUGGUUAAAUUUGUAGUGCGAUAUAUACAAACUCUUCUUGAAACACCCUGCCUUAACCUAGUAAAAUAAUCCAGGUCCAUUUCCAACGGAUUUGAUGGAUAAGUUUGCUUACAAUUUCUAGCGUCUGCAACAUGCGUCGACCCGAGCGAAAUAGAAUGGCUUUAAAUUUUCUGGUGUAUUUAAUAAGUAACUUCCGGUAUCACAGCGAAUAAUUAAUUUCCUUUUUUGUGACAUAUUUCCAAAAAAUUAACCAUUGACGAACAGCUAUUCUGAGGAUUUGAUGGCACAUGUUUCCAGCAGAGGGCCUAAAGGUCAAUUACCCAUAAAAGAACAGACUUUUUUUGUGCAAAUUGAUGAAAUAUUGAAACUGACAAAGCAGUUUGGUUUUGUAUGAACAUUUGAUGUGACCGUGUCAUGUAAUCUUUAACCACCCUGUCAAAAAUAUGCCGCCGGAACUGUGUUCUGUGCUCCCAUUGUUCGAUCCAGGCUUUAGUGCGAUCCGCGCACCCUUGUACCGCCAAAACCCAUAUAUGGGCAUCUCACGUGUCCAACGUGGAUAUCGAAUUCGCGUCCUCUCUGGCUAAGCAUGGCGGCGUCACUAUUGUGGAAGGGAUAUAAUACGAGUUUCAAGACCUUUUUACAGAAAACUAGAACAGAAAAUUCGCACCAGAGGUUUAAGGUAAGCUCAUUCAUAAUCAAGUAAAGGUUAGCGCAUAACACUAAGCUGUUAAUCGUGUCCUCGAUCCUAUGUAAUACUCGCUACCUAUCAGCAUUCAACUACAUUUUUCAAAGCUUGUUUCCAAAACUAUAAGAUAUUCGCACUUUAUAAGCUUGUAGCCAGUAAAUCGCCGCGAUUCAUUUAGCAAUUAAUGAAUGAGGCUGAGUAGGAGAUGAUCGAGGAGGGUGUUAUCAAGCAAAGCCGAAGGCCGUGGAUAACACCCUCCGAGAUCUGCUUAAUUCUUCAUAUCCCACGAAAGCCGAAUUCAUUAAUUGCUUUAUUAUUCAUUCAAAAUAGUUCUUAGUUUAUAAACAUAGCUAAAACAUGCUUACCUACAUCGAUGUUAAGGUCAUCUUCGAUAGUGUACGUUUAGGUUUGUCCAGCUUUACAGAUAUUCUCCAAAAAGCAUAUGUCGCCUUCCGAGUUGUCGUCUUGCUGUUUUUGCUAUGUUUUUUGCUAUUAUUUCACCUGGUUCCAGCUGUAAAUCUUACUCUGCUUGAAAAGAGUUAAGAGUCCGCCAUUUUUAUAUUCACAACCAAAACAACUCAACCUCAUCCCCAGGUCUUCAUGGUAACGGUGCCUUAACCUGUAAGAAUGCUGCAGUUUUGAAGGCAUUUCCUCGUUAAACAAAAAAUUUUUCGAAAUUUGGUGAUUAGUAACUGGUUAUGGUGAAUUAUGCAUGUAUUUUGAGUGAAUAAUAAUAUCAGAUAAGUGCAACAACGAGUACUCAAGGAAAAGAAAUUUUGCUUCGACCCCAUUCAAGCAGUGCACUGCAAUCCAGGUGAUGCUUCUCUUCCGUGAUUUUUUGACCAAAGAUGGGUUUGUUUGUAAUGUUGCAUAAUACUCUGGAAUCUCCUCUUUUAGAUAGUCAGAACGAGCAUUAGAUAUAUCGUUUUGCCUUACAAACAAAAUUAUUUAUCUGCCAGCUUGUUCCACGCUUCCUUCAAGUUCUUUAAAUAUGUGGGUCCCUCCAAAUAUCUUGGUCAUGAAGACAACUUUUAAGACCUGCUUAUCCCAGCCCCUAUUAUUUUUUGGAGAGGUAUACAAAACUGGACUGGAGACGAGGUUUUUGAGGGGAAGUAACGUAAUUUUAGGAGCGUUGUUAGACCGAAGGCUAGAUUUCCUCAGGGUAAGUAGCAGUGAUGUAUCUGUCAAAUCGAAGCUUCAACAUCCCCCCCCCACCACUAUGGUCUAUUCAGGUGAUCAAAUACCCCCACCCCAGGCAAGGGACAAACCUCUCGUGCAAAGCAUCGGAAAUCACUGCUAAAAGGUCACUGAAUGUUCAGUUUUUCUUAGUGUGUCUUGCAACAUACAGAGCGUUCUAUAAAAAAAUCCCAUCUACUGAGAUUAUUUCAUUCCAUACAUGCAUGGAUGUAUUCCUCUAACUUAUUAAUUAUAUAGGUGAUUAGUUUUUCCGGAUGUUUUUCAUGAGACUGACUUUGUCUAGCGUGUUGCACCUUUCUCGAGUAAACAGAAGUGAAUCUAAUACCGGGUCCGGAAUGACUAUGUUACUUCUGUUGGAUCCAUUAUUUUUCAAUGUUUCUCAGAAGUGAUAACGUCACAAUCGAAACCAAAUUCAGAAAGGGCAGUAUGAAUAGAAUAAUCAGUUUAAAUUAAUGUAGAUUCCACUGUUUGGAGAUACUGCACAUGGCACAGGCCUGCCAAUUAGCAGCACUUCAUGUUGAUAAAGUAAAUUCAGUAAAUUCUAGGGAAGUUUUGUAAAUAAAAUUUUGUGGUUAAAAUUUGUUCUCAGGUUCAACUAGAGUUUCUUUUGUCUCCUAUGAAUAAUACUAGAGCUAGGAAUGAAAAGAAACUGAGAAUCAAACUAGGUUAAAUAUUGAUUAAUCUGAAAUUGAUUUUAACUGCAGCAUAUAUAGUAUCAAAAUCUGCUGUCCUUUGGGUCGUAUCGGUCUCAUAUUAUAAUGUGGCAUGAAAUACAUGUAGUUUCAGAAUAAAGAACAGUAGCUCUGAUUGACUGAAAUCAGGAAAAGAAUGUGGUUCAAGUGUGAGCAACCAUUUCUUGGGGAGGAGGCCAUACAAGAUAGAAAUGCUACGAGGGAGACUACAUGUAAAAAGUGAAGAUAUAGAUAAAAAAAAGAGUCUACCAAGAUGGGAUUAAAUUUAAAUAAAGGGUCAAUGUCUGUAUUACAAAUAAUGUAAAUGUGAUAACAGGUGAAUUCCUUUUUUUCUUUUUACAGACUGAGAGACAAGAAUUUUGUUAUGGAGACAACAUUAGGACAGUGGUUUUGAAGCAGCCAUGCAUAGGUGAGAGCUUCAUGAAAGAAAUCUCUUUAUUAUUUCUUUUUAUCUGCUGAUUAACCCACAAAGAGACCGAUUCAUUGUGUAAGGACAUACUAUAGACUAAAGGGAAAAAUGCAGUUUUAUAGUACCGCCAUUUCUCAAACAAAACAAAUUUUAAUAUUAAAAUCUAUUUAGAAGAAUUUAUAGGGUGUGUUUGCACCGAAAUUCUUGCAUCUCCUGAAGAAUGGUCAGUAAUCAAUCUUUUUUCCUGCAAAUAAAAAACAAUUCAUAAUAUAAAUUUGGCAAAUAAAAACAAAGGUGAUAGAAGAAACUGAGAGAGAGCGAAAAGGUGCCCAUUGAGGAGUUUUCAUACCUGUUGUUUGUUCUCUUUUAUUGUAAUAGCACCACUUACAUGUACAUGUACUACUCAAGCACCAACAGCAGUAAUAAUAUUACAAAAAUAAUAACUUACAAAGUAUAUGCCAGACAGCUCUGUUGCUCAAUAUUGAGCAUUUUAGUCUGCUAACAAUAAUAAAAUGUUAUCAUUCAUUGUCAAAGUAUUUGAUUAAAGAUUACCCUAAAUAUAAAAUGAAUGGGAAAGUUAACAUAAAAUUAAAAUUAAUGUUCAUAUUAAAGUUAAAUUGAUGAAAUUUAAACCAUUUUUAGUCCUAAAUUGCAAAAACGUAAUGAAUAAAAUCUUAUAAUGUUGGGUUAAUAUUGCGUACUAGUAUUUCUAGCACUGUCAUGGAAGUCCAUUACAUUUGUGGAAAUGUAUUUAUAGAUAGAAAUAUUAGUAAUGUAUGUCCUUAAACUGGUAAAGUGAGUACAUUUUCCAUGUACUUGUUUUUGCAUGCUUUUACACGUGUUACCUCUAUGACCUGUUCUCAUCCAUAUCUUAAUGAGCAAACCUGUGUAAUGUGUUGGUGACACCUGAGCUAUUUGUCAAGAUACAGAGACAGACCAAUGAGGGUACUUUCAAGAUUCUCAUAAAGAUGUCAGAAAGCCAGACAAGCUUAUAACAGUCAAUAUUAUUAUUAUAAUUAAAGCUUAGGACACCAAAUGGAAACACAAAGACAUCAACAUCUCUGGUAGCAAUAAAAUGCAUACAUACUCUAUGUAGUAGUAAAAUAUGUUGUGUUGAUAGGUCAGUGUCUUCUUUUUCGCAAUAUUAUGGAAAACACAAGAGGAACAAGAGAAGGGAAUUUAAAAACAGUUAACAGCAAAAAAGAAACAAUAAUGCGAUUAUCUAGAGGAAUACAACAGGUUGAAGAAACCUUGCGAAUCAAGAAAAACAAUCGUCUCUUGGUGAAGAAACCAUGUGUAUCAAGCGUGAAGAAAAUGAGUUAACUAAUCAGAAAACAGAUGAAGUUAUUACAGACAUCCAAACACGUAUAAGAAGAAAGCAAAUAGGUGAAAGGAUAUUAAAUACAGGCUUAUUGAAGUUCUCCUAGAAAGAAAAUUCCGAUGGCUCGUUGAGAAUGGGUCCUGAUGACUCGCUCAGAAUAAGCCUGGCUUUGACUCGCUGAGGAUUCUGGGUCUUGACUCACUGAGGAUUCUGGGUCUUGACUCGCUGAGGAUUCUAAGUCUUGACUCGCUGAGGAUUCUGGGUCUUGACUGGCCAAGAACAUGAUUGGUUGGCUCGCUGAGAAUAGGUUUGGAUGGCUCGCUGAGGAUAAGUGUAGUUGACUCGCUGAGAAUGAAUCUGGAUGGCUCGCUGAGAAUGAGUCUGGUUUUUUGGAACUGGGCUUUGACUCGCUGAGGAUUCUGGAUUUUGACUCGCUGAGGAUUCUGGUCUUUGGCUCGCUGAGGAUUCUGGGCCUUGCCUCGCUGAGGAUACUGAUCGUGUUCUUCCAAAAAUGCAAACUGGACCAUUUGCUAAGAGAGAUUAUAGGAGGAAAAAAUUAAUUAAAUUGGGAAUAAUAAAAAAGAAAGUUUCACACAGGAAAGCAAAUUUAGGGAAAUAAAAAAAAACCUCGCGUAGGAUUCUUUCCAUAAGCACUUGUUGUGGUGGUGGGAGUAUGUCUUUCUAGAAGGACAUACUUCUACCUUUUUUUCCUUCAUUUCAGGUGUGUGCAGGAAGCAUUCAAGGAGUUGAAUUUUCAAAGUAAUGUCUAAAGGUGUGUUGAAAAGUCAGUUUUCACUUCUCAGCGUGUUAUAGAUAAUUAGACAUAUAGCAAGCGUAGGGAACUUCCAAGAAGUGAAAUAACUCUCAACAUAGGUGGAAGUUAAAAAAAAAGAAGAAGAAGAAAACAAGCAGUCAAAUAUAAUUAUUAAUUGAUGGCCUUCAAACUUGUCCCUCAAGACAUGAGCAAUUGAUACUUCAAUAGCCAUGGAAAAAUAUACUCGAGUCAUCAAUAAAAUUAAUGGUGAAAUUAUUUAACACAGGGAACACAUUCAUUUAAUACAAGUGUAAAAUUAUCGUUGAAAAAGCUGAGGUUUUAUUGACCCACAAAAAGUAUAGAAGUCACUCUCCUGUUCUCCUCUCAUGUAAGUAAAGGUUCUGCGGAAAGUAAACAAGAAGUGUAAAAGAGGGAGGGGGAUUGGUUGAGCUACAUGAAUACUUCAGAAAAAAAAGUUGUGGUUGUAAUAUAGCAAAGAACAUAACACAACAAGCAACUACGUAUAUCUUUUUUUUUUCUCUUACAGAGCAGAACACAACAGAGCAGGAGCAGAGCAGAGGCCAGCAGAACAUAAAACAUCAAAAAAAUGAAAAUUAGCUUUUGUUACUGUAAAUCCUCUGUCUACCCCCUGCCCCCCCGGCAUUUCAACUAACUCUCCCACUAUAAAUUACUCUCCUCUCCCCCCUUAUUAUUAAUCAAAAAAUAAAUUGUUCACUAUAUUAAAUAUUAUUCAUGACUUAAUACUCCAUGUGAACCUAUCUGAUAUGGUUAGUGCUGGAAUGUCAGUUUUGCCUCAAAAUUGCUCCCAGGGUGCUGUUAAAGUAAAAAGGAUAAUUUGUCAAAAAAAGAAUAAGAAGAAGAAGAGAAUUGUAAAUAAAAAAAUAAAAAAAUUGAGGAAGUUGAGUAGUUUCUUUUCAUAUUAUAUAAAUAUUCAGGGAUGUGCUCUAGCAGUACCCAAAGGCCUCUGGCACCCUCUUUUUGCUCUUGAGCAACGACGAAUUCACUCUGCAUUUCACAAGUUCAGAUCUAACUACACCAACUACAGCUACUACACCAACUACACCAACUACAGCUACUACACCAACUACAGCAACUACAGCAACUACAUCAACUACACCAACUACACCAACUACACUAACUCCACUAACCACACCAACUACAGCUACUACACCAACUACAGCUGCUACACCAGCUACAGCAACUACAGCAACUACGGUAACUACACCAACUACAUUAACUACAUCAACUACACCAACUACAGCUACUACACCAACUACACUAACUACACCAACUACACUAACUACACUAACGACACCGACUACACCAACUACAGCUACUACACCAACUACACCUACUACAGCUCCUACACCAGAUACAGCAACCUUAGCUACUACACCAACUACACUAACUACACCAACUACAGCUACUACACCAACUAGAGCUACUACACCAGCUACAGCAACUACAGUAACUACACUCUAACUACAUCAACUACACCAACUACAGCAACUACACCAACUACAGCAAUUACACUAACUACACCAACUACAUCAACUACAGCAACGACACCAACUACAUUAACUACACCAACUACAGCAACUACACCAACUACAGCAACUACAGCUACUAUACCAACUACACUAACUACACCAACUACAGCUACUACACCAACUACAGUAACUACAGCAAUUACAUUAACAUUCUCAUAGUGGACUUAGUGGUCACUUAAUGUCUCUAUAUUCGUGACCGUUAUCAUGAACCCAUUACAAUUCAGAAUCCAACAUUAAAAAAUGGACCUUAAAGUGGUACAUUUUGGCAAAGAAUCUCUGUGAACAUAAAAAAGCUGUACGUUUGAAUUUAAAUAAAACGCAAAUAACAAACAAACAAAUUCCAAACAACUCAAAAUACUCUAAAGUUUCAUCACCAUGCUGCUUAAUAUUAUUUUUCCAUGUCAGGAAACUUUUAUGUUCAUUUUCCUUGUUUGCGUUCUUCUAAACACCAUUCCAACUACAAUUAUAAGCAAAAUUUUGAUUUUUAACGUUUUAUCCUAUGUAUCUCAGAAACAGUUCGUUCCAUUCGGUUUAACUCGUAACGUAAUCUUCGUAAUACAUUUGUGUAUAAUAAUGAUGUGCUUAAUCGUUCAUUACCAUUGGUUCACAACAACACCCUUAAAUUCUAAGCCAAACCUACCCAACGUUCAGCGCCAAAAAUCUGCGUUGCGAUGAUCCUGGCCUGUUAGUAGGAGGUUUGGCUUAGAAUUUGAGUGUUUUGUACAGACAAUACUGAGUAGUUUAAACCCUAUCUUCAGUUAGAUACACGCAAGCGAUAAUUAAUCUGGAAAAUUUUGAUAAGCUUUGCGGUACUCUUCAUCAGAGUGUUUUUGCACCGUAUAAAGUAUUAUGACAAAGGUUAUGGUUUCUUGAACUUUCUGGAAAAUGUUAUCGGCAUUUGACGAAAAUGUGCUCUCUGCGAUCACCAGAUUAAUUUUGGGAAGGACUUAACCCGCUUAAUAGACACCCGUGCGAACAACAGACAAUUGUUUUUUGCCCAAUGAACAGAUUCUCAAAAAAAAAAGUUAACUUCUCGCGAACGGUCUUAAGGUGGACACUUCAUUAUCAACUGUGUGCUGUAAUAGACUUUUCUUCCCCGUUGGCUGCUUGUCGGUUGCUCCCGGCGCUACAGUACACCGAAUAGGAUGACUUGUAGACGUCAAUUUCCGACUAUUUUAGCAUCAAACGAGUUACAGUUGAACUUUAUCUACAACGACGACCUAGGGGACAGAGGAAAGUGGCCAUUGUAGAGAGGUUGUUCACAAGAGUGAAUGUAUGGACUGUCCGCCAAAAAAAUGGCCGUUGUAGAGAGGUGGCCGUUAGUGGAGGAUCGACUGUAGACAGAAAAACGGUUUUGUUGAGUUUUGAUUAUUGUUUCCGUGGAGCAGAAUGACGGUUUUUUCACAAAGCCGUCGGUUAGAGAUGUGUAAUUUGGCGAUUCUAAUAUUUCCUCCAUUAUUUCUUUAGUGUUUUGUUCUAGUAAGGGGCGUCUUUUUGACUUAAAUAACAUGACUCGCUUUUCCGCUUAACACGGACACCCCUCUAAAACGGACACUUUCUAUGGCUCCUUCAGUGUCCGUUGUAACGGGGUUUGACUGUGUUUGUUUCGCCUCAUGAAGGGACUCCGGAUUCCGGAAUCGAAGAAAUUUUUCCUUGUGGAAAUAGCCUGCGUAGCAGGCGCUUGGAAGUGGUGGGCACAAGAAAAAACGAGCGCGGGAGAAGGAGACACGCAAGGGGAGAGGUAGCGCCUGCCCGGAAGGCCCAGAAAAUCGUUUCCCACCCCCUCUCCAAUUACCUGGCAGCCGUUGGGUGAUCUGUCAAAAGUUUUGACAGAAAACGACUGAUCGCAUGACCUCGCACAAACAAAGCGUGCCACCAAAAAGCGUUGUACAUUUUAUCUUCGGUCUAAAUCUAUCUGUUAUAAAGAUCAGCUGGGUUAUCUGAUUAUAGAGCGAUGGAGCAAUAAACUGCUGGUUAACACACAGCUUCAAAUAGUUUUUAACAACCGGGCACAAUAAAUAGGAAAUAACAAAGUCAAAACUGGGUAUCUUUUAAAGAUUGCAUGCUCUGUAUUAUAAAAAUCUAAAAAUACUGUUCUCUGAGCUUACUUAGCCACAACUGGACAGACACCAACGAUCACAGCGUACGUGCAAAAUGACCAUUGCUUUUACUGCGCCAAGUGGCAGCCGUUUUUGGAGCAGACAUGUCUUACUAAGCGGACCUAAACCUCAGAACGCAAACUGUACCGACAUGUUUUCUACUGCAGUAACGAGACAUAAACAACAGACCUCAGGUCGCCCCCGAACGGCGAAUAAUACAAUAGUAAAAUGUUUUUUUCAAAUUCAUGCCCCUGGUAAGUGUUUCAUUUCAUCAAUCAUGUCCAAGUUUUGAUGGUAUACGUUCCAUCGACAACACAAGCCGCUAAGUUCUCCUGAGCAAAGAAUAUUUCCUCUCAUCUUCAUUGCAACGAUUCGACAAAUCUUUUGUCUCUCGUCACUUCUGCUAAUGCGUAUCUGAUGUCAAUUCUUUCCAUCGUGAAUACCGUUUGAACACUCCAACUUCUCUUUGAGAUUACGGCCACAUAGUCCCAUCAAACCAGAUUGAAGUGACCUCCGAGACCUGAACUUCGAUUUUAUUGUAUGACCUGAACUUCGAUACAAUUAAGUGCUUUCAGGAGCUAUUGGUGUAAUGUAAGAUAUUCACUACGUUGUCCAUGUACUAUUGAUUGACAGUUUUCUCGCCCCGCGCAGUUAAUUUUUCCCUCGGGAGCCUCUCGACCAAUUGGAAAUAUCCGCACUCACAGAGUGCGAGUUGAAAUGAUUUUCGGGGGCCUUCCGUGCAGGCGCUCCCUCACCCCUCGCGCGUCUCCCUCACGCGUGCCCGUUCUCUCUUUCGCCCACUACUUCCAGGCUAUGUGGAAACGGAAUCCGGAAUCCCGCGAAAGAUUGGGAUCCGGAAUCCAGGUUCCACUGACAAAGACUGCAAUCCAGUACCUGGAAUCCAGAAUUCCCUGCUUGGAAUCCAGAAUCCACGACUGUCUUGGAUUCGUUUACUCGGGGUGAAAAAUCUUUGUUUCAGUUGUUGGUCUCUCUAGCAUUUGAUCAUGAGCUAUAAAAAACUGUCAAGGGUAGAUAAACAAAAUUAUUUAUCAUAGUCAUGUUAAAAUCUUUAAGAAUAAAAAUCAACGAUAAAAAAUUUUUGACGUCUCGAUGACUCGCUCAUCAUUUUCAAAUUCUAAAAAGUUAGAUUGUUAAAAGUUCUUUAUAUAUUAAGAAUGCGUGUGAAGUCUCGUUGCACGUGAUUAAAAACUACAAUGUGGAAUGUAGUGAGUGUUAAUUAGGUACUAAAUAGUUUCCCUUUUAUUGAGUCUGAUUGAGUGUUCAGUUUGGGUUUCUUUUCCUGGAUAAAAAGCAUUUCGUAGAUCAAGCAUUCAAAUUUCCCUCGACAUUUCUUCAGUAUAGUGAAUUGUUCAGUGAGGUCUUUGUUCUUCUGAUUGUGAGAGUCACGCAGGUGUUUUCCAAUAGCUGAGUGCUUGUGUUCAUCAAUGCGUUGGAAAAGGUGUCGGCGAGUAUAACCAACAUAAUUCGCAUCACACAGAUCACAUUUGAAUUUGUAAACAACGCAUUGUUGAGCGAGUCAUCGAAACGUCAAAAAUUUUUUAUCGUCGAUUUUUAUUCUUAAAUGUUUAUCGAAAGCGUCUGUUAUUUAUAGCAUGUUAAAAUCGUUAAUGAUUAAAGUGAUUUGUCUCAUCGAUGACAGCUUCGUUUCAUCGCUUGUCUCAUGAUGGUCACAGCUUCAGUGAUUUUGACGACGAUUUCAAAAUACUUUAAGCCCUCACCAUAUGGUCUAAGCGUUGUGAAUGAAAAUCAUAGCCUUAGUUUUCAAACAAUUUCCCUUAGUUUUACAAAAAGUUCUCUCGUUUUACCGCGGUCGUCGGCUUUUCGCCACCGGGGAAGGAAGUGUCGUUCGCCUUUAAGUCUCUUUGGAGAACUUAGAUUUUGUACUACCAAUUUUUUUUAGCUUUUGUAAACAUAAUUUGUUGUUCUGCUUGUUAGUAAGAAUCUGGCAAAUAGAUGUUAUCGUUUUUUUUUUCUACCAGUGUCUUAACAAGUCGGGCGUCGAUGAAAGGAGUUCCAUUGAUACAUAAUUAUUAGAAUUACAAGUAGACUAAUGAAACUGGAUUAAGUCUUGAACAUUUAUUGCUACUCAGAGUUUCAGGCUUCUUGGGAAGCAAUCAUCAGGCAACCUAUGAUCAAGUGACAAUCAUCAGACAAUAAUCGGGCAACUGUUGCCUGAUGAUUGCUUCGCAAGAGGAAUGAAACUCUGAGUAGCAAGAAAAGUUCAAGAUUUAAUCCGGUUUAAUCAGUCUCACACUAGUAUUCUGCUCUAGUUCAGCUAUUGAGCACUUGUAAAGUCGAUGAGGAAUACGUUGUAAUUAUUAGAAUUAUGUAUGUAUCGUUAUGUAAUUUCUAUUAUAAAGCCGCCCACCCCCUUCCCACUUAUAAGUCUCCCCUGUUAUAGGUCCAUCUACAGUAUUUGUAUCGUGGGGAGAAGUCUGUACCCCAAACAUACAAACCCCUGUAAUACUUCUCUACUUAAAGGAGCCAUAUCUCUGUUAGUUUUCAACAAAUCACUUUCAAGCUAGGCUUUUUCCAGUGGUGUCGACGGAUUUUCGUAACACUGUCCUAAAUUGUCCAUGUCAAAAGUUAAACAAUCAAUCAAUCAAUCAAUUAAAAAAAAAAGGUAAUAAGGUCUGUUCAAAACGUAUUCUGAUCAGCACUGUUACGUAGCUUGUUUUGAAACGCUUAUUUAGUCCCAUUAUGAGGGGAUGUUUACCGGUUUCUGGGUAAUCGAGUUCGAUGUUUUUCAGUCGGACCCGAAUAUUAACUCGGACCUGAUUUCGUUUAAUCGAGCACGAUAACAAAUCAGGUCCGUUUUCUAGUCGGGUCCGAUAUGUUUCAGAUUCCAAAACUAAUCGGGCUUGAAUUCUUGUUAAAUGGAGCCCGAUAAAGUAAUCGGACUCGAUUUAAAUUAAUCGGGCCCGAAUUGUCUUAAAUCGGGCCCGAUUUCUGAAUGUCUGAUCCUGUCAGAGGGAAACUCAAUCGGGUCCGAUUUCUCGGUAAAUCGGACUCGAUCGUUUUGACAGUCAAAAUGUGGGGGGGGGGGGAGAGGGUAGGUAGAGAACAUCUUCAAAGUACGGAAAAAGGUAUACUUUUCAAAGGAAAAAGUAACGGAAAUGUUUCUUCAUAAAUAGAAAGGCGGAAGUUAUUAUCUCGUCGCUUCUCGUCCCUAGGAAAAAACAAAACAAAACAAAACAAACGAAAAAAGACAGGUGGUAACGUAAAAUAACCACUGGUAAUUCUCAUGACGGAGAGGCUGCUUAAUGUCCAGUUCCGCCAACCCGAAGAUGUCUCAGUUACACCCCGGAAAAAAUAGCCGCGUGAAUCUGAAGUUAAGUUAUUAGGCUGAGGAAUACAUGAGUGUAUCAGGUUCCACUAACGCUCAGCAAGCUUACUUGAAACUUGAUUCACUUAGUUUCCAAACUCUAAUCAGAAUUCGGGGUGGGUGUUUGGAUUCCGCGUUUUACGCAAACCCCUUUCAUGGCCAUCUAGGCCAUUCUCCCUAAAACUUCGCGAGUUUCUGCCAUACGAUAAAAGCAUGUGAUACUAAUAGCUUCGCUAAAAUUAUGAUUGACCGCAAUCAAUGAAAAAGAAAAAGGGAAAAAGGAUUUUAAAACUUAGUUUGGUCUUUAACCAAAGGACAAAUUUUGAAUUUUAUCUAUUUACUUUUUGAAGGGGUUUUGGUGGGGGGGGGAGGAGGGGCAGGAUUUGUGUAAUUGUUCCCUGGCUCAACUCUGCUUAACGUAUAUAGCGAUUUACUUCCAACUAAAGAUGGUGUCUAUACUUGAUUGAUUGUUUGUUCCUUUUGUUAAAAGGGAAAAAAUAUGCCUUUAUUUUUCUCCCAUUUCAACAGACGUUUUAUCUGAUCUAACAGUGAGGAGAAAUAAGAAGGGGACUAACGUUCUAGUCCCCAGAUUGUCUCGUCCCUCCCCCGCCGCCAUAACUUGUGACAACCAAGUGGCAACCUAUGUGAUUUUAUUUCUAAAAUCUGUACUCGUACUCUCUAUCUACGCAUUAAUCCAUGUGUCAAGCGGUUGAAACGCCCGGUUUGAUAUAAAUGGUGGCUUCCCUUCAACAAAAUCGGAAUGUUACUGAAACACAAAGCGGUUUUUCUUUAAUACCCGUGAGGUAAGUGUUCGAGCAAAUCUAUUUAACCUUUAAUAAUUAUUAAACUAUACCCUGCUAGUCGGCGUAAGCGUAAGUUAUGCUCAAGUCUUCAAGGAAAAACUUUUUUUUCUGCAAUGACUGAACAUUAACGUUUGCUGCAGGUCUUAGGCUUUAUAUUUUUCACAUGGCCGAAAUGAACUUCAUAAAAAGUCAAGUAAACAUUGAACAAUUAGUCGGCUCAGGCGACGUGAAUAUCGGCGAAUAGUCACUGAGACGACGUCGAGGUGACUAUUCGCCGACUAUUACUAUACUAUUUUCGAUAUUCAUCAAUGUAAUUAUACUAAUAAUGGUUAAACUUAAAGACUUACGUUUAUGCUGAACGCAUUUCAUUUAUCAUUGCAUGCCAACUUUGGUGAUCUUUUAAUACAACCAGUUUCAAAAUUUGAAUCGACAGCUUCAUGCAGUCACACAAAUUAGACGGAACUGGAGCUCAACUGAAACUGAUAAGCUUAUAAUACUAUAUUUGCAAAAAUUUCCGGUUACUAAAACUGUAAGAGUUUCUACCCUUCAUAUCACGUACUCAUGAGGAAUGGUAGACACCUUAAGAUGCACAGAUUCAAUAGGUGGGUAUGCCUGCCAACUCUCAUGCAUUGUGCGCGAGUCUCACGCCUGCAGACUAAAGACAUCAAUCUCGUACUUCAAGGACAGUUUCUCAAACCUGCCUCACAAAUCCAGACAAAUUGUUCUUAAAUACGUGAUGAGUGACAAAAGUUUAAUUCAAUUUCCACAAUUAAUAUUCCAGGCUUUGAAUGAUGACUUUUGUGUUCCAACAAAAUCAAAACACGCUAAAGUUGGUGUCUUUUACACCAGUUUCGAAAGUGCUCAAAGGCCGUCAGAACAUCUUCGCAAGUUUUUGGGAAGGUCCACAAGGCUCCCGAAACUGUACAGAAAACCUCGGGAGUUCACUGGGACGGUCAUGAUCGUGGAAAGGCAAAAAUCUGACACAUUUGACCAGAAAAAGUUGGCAGGCAUAGAAUGAAUUGUGUCUUACCAGGAAAAAAAAAGCCGGGUACCUCUUAGAAAAGGGAUACUAUUAUUGCCAAAUUAAUUUUGCGAAAUUACUAUGUUUGGCUAUCUGUUUCCAUGGACUGAAUAGAUGCAUCUUAAGGUCCCUACAAUGUCAGUGGGGGAUAACACUUCAUCUGUCUCCCUCUCUUUACAUAUUUUGUCAUAACUGCCAUUUAAAUAAUUGCCGAUGGUUUCCUGGUAAUUUUCUAUGCUAAUUUGCAUUCUAUGACAUGUUUUGAACCUUACUCGAUUGUAUGUUUAAUUUUUUUAAAAAUAUUUCUUUUGAAACAGGUUUAAAAUGCUCUCGACUACUCUACAUGCAGCCUAAAAAAUUAAUGUUAAAAAGCUAUUUUUGUUUUGUUUUUUUCUUUCACCCAAAAAGUUAUGGUAAUCUUCCAAACUUUGUUACGUCCAUUUUGAAAUCACUGGUAAUCCCUGCAAUCUGAUAGGCGCUAAACCGUUAUCUGUAUAAAGGACCUCAUUCAUGCUCUUAAUUGUAUCAUUUCUGUUCUGGGUACAAAAUGAAAUGUGGUGGCCUUUUUAUUAUUGCUUUUCAUCAAACCAGCUUCUAGAUCAAAUAAAUAUUGCCACUGGCUAAAUUCUGUGAUUUCAAAAUGGCUGUAAAAAGUGACAAUUCUAGUAGUCUUCUUGCAUCGUGGUCUGAAAUCGUAAUAUUGUGAAUAGACCUUUUUACCGACAUUGUGGCCAUAUUGAAUUGAAACCCAGGGGGCAUUCGCUCAGUAUUUAUGCAUGAUUUUCGGGCAAAGAGAAACAUCAAAACACGGUACAGCCAUCUCUAUAUUUUUUCCCUUUAAGAAAAAUUGGGCCAAGAAGUGCGUGUAAAUAAUGAGUGAGUAUAUCCGAUAAUGCUCAUGCCGCUUGGGCGCCCCCUGAUACUCCCUUAAAUCUAUUGUGUUGCACUGUAAUGUACAUAUGUGAACAAUGUCCAAAAGAGCAAGACCAAACUACGUAGUUAGGAUAGCAUUUUUACUUCUUUCGUAAACUUAAACUUCUAUAUUAUGAUUUCGGUUGACACUUGAGACCAAAUGGAACAGUAAUUGCCUGAUAUUUGGACCAGACUAGCCUGCGUAGCAAGCGUUUCCUCGCGAUCUUCGUCUAGAAAGCUGGGACAAGAGCAAAAAAAAAAUGAAUGACAGGGGAGGGGGAGGGGAACGAAGGAACCGCUUGCCCGCAAACCCCACGAUUUUGAAAAACUGCGUUCGCCCACGAACGCAGCUUCUGAUUGGCGCGGUGCGGGUAGUGUUGAUUACUUAGCAUUCAAAACAUCAAUCAAACCAAGUAUGCUUUGUUUUCGGGCGUCACAGAUCUCGUCUCAUCUGAUUUGUGGUCGCAGAUUACAAAUGCUUUGGACUGAUAUUUAUUGGAAUCGUGUUUGUGCGAAGGUUUAUGAGAUCAGAGUCUUCAAAGUAUAAUUGGAGAUCGAGCAGUGGAGACUAGGGAAGCCCAAUUUAUUGAGAAUGACGGCGUGCAGAUCUGACUGGCAAAAAUGGACUGUUUGUUGGAGAUAACAUCAACAUAAAUCAGAACAUUGGUACUCGACGGUAGCUAAAGCCGCCAUGGACAAGCGAUUUGUCAGCUUUUUGAAAUGAAAAGAUUCUUUUUGUUUAUUGGAAAUUUAGCGGCAUCUAUUGUAGAGAACGUUUCGACACAGGCUGAAGAGCAGCCGCUCUGCGAAACUUAUACCCGGAGGAGUGAAUUGUUCCGGACAAAUCAUUUUUGACAUGUCGACAAGGUUUCAGACGAGAUAAAGCCACACAACAAAAAACAAGAAAUUCUGCAGCAAUUGCUCACAGUUUUAACUUUCUUUUAUCGCAAAUCUUUUUUAUUACACUUCUUGCAAUCGUCUGCAACGUGUUCUAUUAGAGAACAAAGUAAUUUUACAAAUCUGGUAAUCCAGGGGUAUUAAAUCUGUUCGUUAUGUUUCUAUUUUGACGAGCUGUCAAUUUACAAAUGAACCGAACCGUGAAAUAUCAAGGGGCGUUUUCCAGAAUCGUGGGGUUUGCGGGCAAGCGUUUCCUCUCUUCCCCUCCCCCUCCCCCUUCAACCUUUUUUGGCUUCCGCUCUAACUUUCGCGCAAAAACUCGAUUGGAAACGCUUGCUACGCAGGCUAGGACCAGACAAUUUAAAAGACAUAACAAAAUUGGUGGAUACUGCUAUUCAUCUACAUAAAUCAGUUUACUAGCAAAUCUUUUAUUAUAAUUGUGUAUAUAGUCAUAUCUUGUGGUUGCAGUUCAAUAGUUAAGCUUAACUCAGAUUAUUAGUUCAAUUAUCUUAUAAGUACAUAAAGGCUAUAAUAAAUCUAUUUUUUACCUACCUCUUUUAGCACAUUAUGUCUUUUAAAGCAACCUCUCAAACGCAGGACGAGGUAAAUAAAGUCAAUAAAGGUCAGGAAAAAGAGAGUUGUUGAAACUAAUAAUUAGAUGUACCGGUACGCGUCUUUUCCAAUAUGGCGGGGGAGCUUGGGGAGGGUAACCCUUGGGGAGAGCGAUCCCUGGGGACGAGAAGCGACGAGAUAAUAACAUUUCCGUUUCUUUUUCCUUUGAAAAAUAUACCUUUUCCGUGCUUUGAAAAUGUUCUCUACCUACCCUCUGCCCCCAUUUUGACUAUCCAACGAUCGAUCGAUUAAGUUACCCUCUGACCGGAUAAGAAAUCGGGCCCGAUUUAAAACAAGUCGGACCCGAUUAAUUUAAAACGAGUCCGAUUACUUUAUCGGGCCCGAUUUAACAACAAUUCGAGCCCUGAGUAGUUUUGGAAUCCGAUCUGAAACAUAUCGGACCCGACUAGAAAUCGGACCCGAUUUGUUAUCGUGCUCGAUUAAACGAAAUCGGAUCCGAGUUGAUAUUCGGGUCCGACUGAAAAACAUCGAACUCGAUUACCCAGAAACCGGUAAACAUAAGCUCUCAUAAAACCCCUUAGGAAGUUGUAUAAGCCCAGGGGUUGAAAGAGGAAGUUUACGGUAAGUGUAAUUUCAUACCCUGUCAGACGAUAUUUGAACGGAAAAAAAAUAUGUUUUAUUUGUGUCACGUUCUCCAGACACAAAAGCCAAAGGUCUUCAGACAUCCUGUUUAUAUUUCUUCAUUUUUUCCAUUAUCCUUUAAGAAGUUAGCGUCAUUUCAAACCGUGCAAGCAUAUGUAUAAGUAGUACUAGUAAGCUUACUUCUGAAGGCUUUUUAGUCACAUUUUAUGCCGUCAGAGAAAGUUCAAUCUAACUGUGCAUAAAAACAACUUAAAAUGGCGCAGCGAGGUCCACCAAGGAGAAUUACUCGCAAAGAGACUAUUGCAGACCUUGCAAAGGAUUUAGAGCUUCUCCGAGUGGACAGUAAAGAUUAUGGGGAGACAAUGGACAGCAUGGCAAAAGCUCGAGACUUGAGGAUCAAAGAAUUGAAAAAAAGUAAUGGAACUUUACUGGAGGUAUGCUUUUCUUAUGUUCUUAAAACGUUCCAUUUCAAAUUCGAACAAGUCCCGCCAAGAAAAUAAAUACGCUGCCGACAUCAGAACUUGGAGAACAAUCUGUCCCAGGUGCAAUAUAGCGGGGACAGAUCUCCUACGCUCGCCGUCGCGCUGAUUUCAACAAUUUGAACUUCCGUCUGUGCCUUUUUUCCCUGUUUACCUAUAAGUAGCUUCAGCCGUUAGUUAUAUACAGUGUAACCUCUAUUAAGCGGACACUAAGCCGGGUCCCGAAAUUAACGUCUGAUAUUUCCCUUUAUAACGAGCCCCUAUUCAGCGGACACCUCUCUUAAGCGGACACCGGACUGGAUUGACAACAGUAGUAUUGGAUCACGUCGUGGAGAUACGUACUGUAGUCGAUUAGUAAAGAUAAAUUAAUACAUUCAGCUGUCAAAAGUUCGCCUAAAAGUCUUGCACAAAGUACAGCACCGCUUCCUUAGCUUCCUUAACAACAGAAACUUUAUCACAGUACAGACUAACCGUUGAAUGUUAAUUGUUAACAAACAUUGCGCAAAAAUGAGAGGAAGAUCGUGAGAGACCUUUGCUAGCAUGAAAUGGUAAUGUCUUCUUAUGACGUUGGAUCAAAAGUGAAAAAUAAAAAUUACCUAAGAUAAAAAAUUAACUACAACAUGUAUGUAAGUAUUGUUUUCUAGUUAGGCGAAACUAAAUAAAUAUAACAAGGUGUUGAUUCGUUUUUCAAAUCUUGAUGUAGAAGAUACCUGAAUUAGAAGACCUCGUUUUAUAUCCGUGUACUUCAUCUGUUUUGAUGAAGAAAGAGCAAAUGCUUGCUGGUGUAAACUUACAUGAAAUGUUAUGCAUUAAGGAGGAAAAGGGUUCAAAAUAAAGCAAAUUCAUUGGAAGGAGAUUAGAGGAAAUGAACAGAGGAAAAGCAUGCUCCCUUGUCUUAGAAAAAUAGAUUAAACGAAGGGCGCGCUUCUGUAGCACGAGCCUGGGGGGUACUCCCUAUAAUGGCCUACACGGGGGGGCUCCGCCCGAAAGGGGUACCUUUUUCAGGCCUCAGGUAUAUGAAAGGGGGGGGACUUCACUAUUUGAAGUAUUAAAGUGUAGGGAGACCUGUUAUUUGUGCCCGUGAAAGGGCCCAAAGGGCUGACAGAUGAAUUUUAUAGCUUUAAAAAGUCGAGAAAACGUUCUAUUUUUGUGAUUGAUCCCUAUUUAAAAGACAGCGCAUUCACAGCAGUUAAAAGGGAUGCAAAGGUCUAAAGAAGGUAUGAGAAAGGGGUACGAUUCCUCAAUAUAAGGUAUACAAAAGGGGUACCUUUUUGGUGAAAAAUGACAUAUAAAAGGGCAAGGGGUUGGACCUUCGGGGUGGAGCCUCCCCGUAUAAAAAUUUGUUGAGUACCCCCCUGGGAGAAUUAGCAGCUUGUCCCAAGCAACCAGUCCUUUGGAAAAAUAAGGGGAUAGCAGAGAGCGAUACAUAUAAAAAAAGAAAUGAAUAGACGAUGUUGUGACAAAAUGUAAGAACGUGAGAACCCGGGAUGUUCAUUUCCAUUUUUCUUGGGUCAGCUUUCAUAAUGAACAAAUUCUUCCAAAAAUACUCCUGAUUUGGCGCUAAAGGAAGUUAUUAGAAAAGUAAGAAGAACCAGGAAGUAAGGCGAUCAUGACAGUGUUAAGGAAGUGAAUGAUGACAAUGAUAAGUAUGUCACGCAACGGGCUGGCUUUUGUCCAAUACGUAAAUCAAGUUGUCCGGCUAUUGAACGGAUAUAUAGUGUCGGUCCAGAGGUUGCGUCGUCUGUUGUAAGAGAGUAAGACUGUAUCCCUUUUGCUUAACGAGAGGUACAAUUUCUUGGGAAAGUGUUGCCUGAAUGCUAUUCAUUACCUUGUUUGUUCUUGUAGGGUUACGACAAAAUCCUGAAAGACCUUAAGCAAACUCGUAAGCGAAGGCAUGUUUUAAAGGACUAUUAUUCGAAAAUAAAGGAAGUUCUUUCCGAUACGCAAGAAAUCGCUCUGCAAGAAGAGGCCGACUUUGUGAACAGAGCUAAAACAUGCAAAAAGGAUCUCAAAAAGAAGAAAUUCACAGUUCUCGUAGCUGGUAAGCAGAUUUAAAAGGAUCGUUUUUCCCCAUGUUUACCAAGAGCUUUGAAGACUAUCACUUCCAAAAAAACCUUUGAAUCACAGUGAAUGUACAUAUCCCUUUAAUAAAUCACUUUAUUUGACUAAGUUAGCUACUAGAAAUAAUAAAAUCAAUUCCCCAGCCCAAACAAUUUUACGCAAGCGGUAAAGCAGUGACCUUUCUAUAUGACGAUAUUAUUAAACACUAGAGACUUUUUAUAAAUUCGACGACGAGAACAACUACGAGUACGAGAUUUGACUUAAAGCACGUUCGCGUUUCUCAAAAAUAUGGACUCCUCGAAAAGCUUCAUUUUACCAUUUUUCUCUAGAAAAUUUAAGACUGUUAUCUUCCGUGAAAGAGGUUACGCCCUCUCCCGAUGGCAAAAUGAUAAAACUGCUAUCAGUUGACAUCUUGUUUCCGCCACUUCGCUAAGACCAGGACGGGAGAGGAAAGAACUGACAGCAAACUUUGUGUGACAAGCGUGACAAUAAUUUUGUUUAAAUAACUUUCCGCCAAACUCCACUUUCCUUUAAACAGAUCUUUUUGUAAAAGACCAGAAAACAUUGAUGUUAGAGAAGAUCGCGACAAAAAACGCAAGUAAUAGCCCCGUCACGUUCGCCACGCACAAGCGAUUUGCCGUCCUCACUAGAAGACGGGACUCGUAGUGAAGUGACGACGCCACCUCGUUUUUGCGCCAAAAUGACAUUGGCUCUUGCGCGAGCACUACUUUAGUAUUGAGAAAUUCUCGUACUCGUAGUGGUACUCAUCUUAGAAUCUAAAGCUCUCUAACGCUUACUGACGUAGGACGACUUUUAAGUUUAACUUUAUAUUCAACAGGGGAGACCAGCGCAGGGAAAACCAGCCUGAUAAACCUAUUACUAAAUGAACAAGUUCUUCCAACUGGCCUACUGGAGAACACCCUUACUAUCUGUGAAAUAUCUUAUGGAGCCAAGCGAGAAGCAGUCAUACAUUUUGCUAGAGAAGGAACGCCCUCUCUUAUACUAGAGAAUAUCAAGUCUGAUACCUUAAAACAGCACAUCGAAAAACCAACCAAUGAUAAAGACUGGUGUAAAAAAAUUGAAAUCAAGACACCGAAUUCACUGUUACAGGUAAUUAACGUAUAAUUUAACAAUUAAUGAAUGAUGGUGAGUAUCUUUUGACGAAUUAUGGAGAUCGAGGAGGGUGUUAUCCGUCGACGACGUAGGCCGAGGCGCAUAACACCCUCCGAGAUCUCCAUAAUUCUUCACAUGACACGAAAGCUGAAUUCAAUAAUUGUUUUAUUAUUCAUUCAAAAUAAUUCCUAGUUUAAAAACACAGCUAAAACUUGCUUACCUCCAUCGAUCCAUCGAUGUUAAGUUCAUCUGUGAUAGUGCACGUUUAGGGUUGUUCCGCUCCGCAAAUAUUCUCCAAAUAGCAGAUGUCGCUCUUCGAGUUUUACUUCUUGCUGUUCUUGUCUCUCUUUAGCUAUUAUUUUGCCUAGUUCUUACUCUUGAAACGAGUGAAAUGUCCGCCAUUUUUGUUUCACAACCAGAACAACACAACCUCGUCCCCAGGUCGUCUCGGUUAACGGUGCAUUAACCUGCAAAAACGCUGCAUUUUUGACGUCAUUUCCUCGCUAAACGCAACUGGUUAUGGUGAAUUAUGCGUGUGCUUUUAGCCAAUCAGAAUCGGGGAAAUAUUUUGAAUUAAUAAUAAUCAACAAUAUUUACUGAGCCUGAGGUGAAUAAUUAUUUUAGAAUAUACACACAAAGUGAUCUCAACAGAAUCUGAAAGGAAACCAUGAAAAAAAAAACGAUUAGUUUGAUUCAAGGGUGAAUUCAUGCGUGAACAUGUAGCCGUAAACAGCAGAUGCACAAUAGGUGGAUCUUUACAGUAUUUUCAAACAUGGCAAAUCAUACUUUAAAUUUUUUUUUGUAAGCUUUAGCAUCAACGAUUGAAAAGAAAACGUUGAAAGUUUAAGAGCAGUUGUCUGUAAGAUUCGAGCUAUAUUAAAAAGGCGCUGCCACACUAUCUCACCGAAUUGGCUAAAAAUUGGCAUGUAGACUUGAUUUGAGGUCUUUAAUAAGGAAUAGGUAACUUUAGGUUCUAAUUCCUCCUAUUUCGGAAAUUAUCGACAUGGCCGGUUUUUGGGUGCCUCGGACCGGCGCCAUAUUGGUUAAUAGAAGCUGCUUUUGAGCCUUCGACUACAACCCUGUCUUCAAAGCUAAUCUUCCUUUGCCAAUACAGAUUGAAAGAACAAUCCCUCUUUAUUGUAUUUUUAGAAACUACUUCGAAAUUGAUAACGUUUUCGCAACGAUCGAUUAAACUUUCGGUGGGUAUACUUUUUGAAAUUUUUACACCCGCAAAAUUAACAGAAUUUUAAAGGCUUAUAUCUCUUUUGCCACAUCGCAUUGAAGCUUGCCAAUCUGCCUGAAUACUCACUGUUUGUAGUUAAAUCGAGUUCGUUAAUAAAAAAAAUUGGGCAAAUUCAACGGAGCAGAAACAAAAGUAAUGAAUGAAAGAGUGUUCUAGCGACUUUGUCAAUAAUCUGUACACCGAAUACUCGCCAGGUGUUGCCAAUAAUAGAGCUUCUGUCAUUAAAUCUGAGUGAUCUGUGUAAUAAAAUUAGCCUCUGUAAUAUAAUCGAUAAUUCUGCUGCGAAAAACAGUAUAAAAAAGGCAGAUUGUAUAGGGAAAAGGAAAAUGAAUUUGUUAUGUUUAUGCUACGACGCGUAAACAAAAUUCAACCAUCACAGUCGAACAGGAAUUUUCCUGAUUUUCCUCCAGUUCCUUUAUCGAAACCAGAGCUUUUAAAAUUAACCAUAGUAAUGAAAAUUGAGAUGUAUUACCUUACUCGACGACAAAGUUGCCAGUUUCCACCUUGAUCGAAAAAAAAGUAAUAUUUUCCCAUGCAUAUCGCGGGUCGUCACGUUCCUUGCCUGGCGUUACAACUCACGUGAAACCGCCUGGUUUCAAACAACUGAACUGAAGAAUCCGUGAAAAUCUUAGCCAGGCAAUAAAUAAUGGAAGUUGAUAUAAGUUAUCAUUAUUAGUGAGCGAGGAUGCGAUGAUAUUUCCAGCUACAUGUAUUUACAGCGUUUGAAGAUUCACUCAAAACUCAUGAGACAUGAGUCCUUGAAAUAAACAUCAUUACUUCCGGUUUUAAAAAUUGGGCGUUGGCAAAGUAAUGAAUAGACUCAUUCUACCUUGUACACCGUUAACAACGGUUCCGUGUACAAUUUUCAGGUAUUUUGUCUCAAUCACGAAGCCCGUUUUGAGGAGAUUCUUGAUAAACAGAAAAAUUGGUUUGGAAGGGGUUAAGAAGAAUGAGGGAUCAGCCCGGGACAGCAAAAACCACAGUCACCCGACCGAAGGGCUUUAAAACUGUGCGCAAAUGUCUCACCCUAUAUUUUAGGGACAAUUCCAACUUUUCGUUUCCUUGAAAAAGCUUAAAAUCGCUAGACAAUGCAUGGACAACUCAAGACAGUCCUAAUUCAAAAUAAAGUAAACAGCAAAGAAAAUUCAGUUAGCGACCAGAGUGUUUAUCCGAUAUCGCGAACAAUAAGGAGUGAUUGAAGAUGUGUCUGCAGUUUAAGGUAAAAUCAUUUACCAUGCUCACGGACCUUUCGACAACAUAAGUGUACCGAUUGACGUAAUAUCAGUGGUAAAAAACGAACGCUUUUUACUGUAGGACGAUGACGUCAUCAUACAAAAGGCGCCUUCACUCUGGCAUCCAGAAUUUCAAACUAUCAAAACCUAAUUUUCUCUGCUCGUCAACUCAAAAACGCCUCUGAGGGCAAGUAGUGGUAAUGUGCUUGUUAGUAAGGUCCAACAUAAGGAGACAUUCAUAAUCAACUCGGUUAAUGCAUUGAUAAAGCGAAACUUUCUCCUUUACCCUUAGGGACAGAGUUCAAAGGCGCAAAAGAUUUUUAGUUCAGCUCCAGCAUGUGUUGUCUAGCGAUUUGCCUUGAGCUUCUCUAAAUUUUCCAGAUCAAACAAGCUGUGCCGAUCGUAUAUAAUCUUGUCUGGGCUCCCUUUAAAAAUUGCACUUCAUCAGAUGCCUUCAAGGUCAUCCUCCGUCGUGAUCUAUUUUAAUGGGCGGUUUUCUGGAACUAUCCUACGGCUUGUCCUUUCUGGUCGUAACUAUAUUAGCGAGCACGUUUCAAUUUCUCUCCAGCAAAAGUCUCUAUCAGGAGCGUAGCCAGGAUUUUUCAGGUGUGCGUAAAAUUUCCAAAACUUACCCUAACAUCUCACUCAGUUCUCUCGCAACGUUUCCCCAUUACAUUUGCUAAUUCUGUUAACUAGGUGAGGUUGUGCGUGGAUGAAAUGGCACUUGCAGUCGGUGAGAAAAUUAGGUUAGACACUUUACCCUCAAGGACGACUCUCACGUUUUGCUGACACUUUCUACCUUAGAAGAGAUAAGUGAAGCUUUGCCUUCCAAACUCCGUGUAAAAAAAUGUCGUUCGGCUGUUCAAACUACUUUUAGAAAACAACAAACUUCCCAACUUUAAUUUUUAAUAAAGGGAUAAGGGCAGGAAUCCAAAUUGUUUUGGAGUAUUUCACUGAUUUUAACACGAUGAUUCUGAAGUAGUGUCUAGUGAGUACGGGGGCUAAUGCCCCAUCGUAAAAAUCUGAAAAUGAAAACAAAAAUCUUGUAUAACCGAGUAGUACACAAUUUUAGUUAUUUUGUUGAGUUGUGAAAAAUCACAAAUUUGUUUCUUCUUGAAUGUGUUAUACUCUCAUCCAUUCAGUCUUUCCGAUAUGCCCGUCGGAUAGCGGAAGUUAACGUAAAUGAUCGAUUACCUAAAAAGAAGCUACGAUCCUAACUUUCCACCUUCGGGUCUUUUCCCUCGCCAUAAUUUUUUCCCUCAAGGAAUUUUACUCUGUUUUACAUUAUAUAAUAAUUGGUCUUGCAUUCAGCUUAUCGAUUUUGAGAGCCUAGUCCUGUGCCGUAUUCUGAUGCGAUCUCCUUUAUGUAGCUUUCCCCCCAUCUAACAGCUCCUUACUGAACAAAAACGGUUUUAAUUGAGUCUAUUCAAAGAACUAGCCAAUAUUUUUCCAGCGGUAAGCACGAUGUUCCUAAUUCCCCCUAGUCCCCUUCUUAGACGCUUUCAUGUGCAUCAGGUGUUAAAUUUUCUUUUCAUAAGCUACAAUGCUCAUAAUCGCGCAUUCUGAUGUCAUUUAUGCUUAAAAAAAAUAAAAAUUAGUUUAUCGAAGAAAGAGUAACAACAACAACAACAAGUUUUAUUGAAAAUGGGAAAAUAACUAAUUACAUUACUUUCCCACCCGCAAAUAGCUUAUGAACUAAUCGAAGCGGGGGGAGCUGAAGACAUAUUACAAAACAAGAUUUAUAUAUAGAUGGACUAAAUAACAGUGAAGACACUACUAUACAGUAAAUAGAAUUUAAACUAACAUAAAACAAGGCAAGUACAUAACGAUUACGGAGAGAGGCUAACCUAAAGUAUUAAAUAACUUAAUAAGAGUGAAUUAAAGGUGUCAUGAGGCGUUUGUGAUUUCAUGAACUAUUUGACGCGGUCCUUUUCUUACGGCUUAUGUCCGUUGGUGAAAUCGCUACUUGGGUUUUCUUGGAUUGAAAAGGGCGGGCUCUUUCUAAACGUGGCGUUGUUUAUGGGACCUUAGUAUUCAGAACAGAAUCAGUCGAUGGCAAACAACGAAAAGGCUUUUAUGUCGUAAGUUACAGUGAUGAACCUUGCCUCGAGAUGGUCAUAUUUUUGUACAUACCUUCAUGCAAUUCACUGUUGGUCUGAAAAUUUUUUGUUAUGGAUGGGGGAAGGGUGGGUGGGGAGAUCAGAACAUGUACUUCGUGUUGUUUACGAGACAUUAAAGUAAUGAAAACUGUUAAACAGUCGUCUACAAAUCAAAAUAGUUGCAAAUGCUUACGGGAGGCCCUAACUAUAUGAUGAUUAGAAGAGCAAUAUUUGGAAAGGUGCAUGGUCGUGGAGUUAAGGAGAUUUGACUAAUCAACCAAUUUCCCGCCAAACAUAAGAGCGUGGCCAGUGGCCCCAAAAUUGUGUUCGCUCGCCCCGGGCUGGCUCGACUUUUGGGAUAUGGUUAUGGAGUUAUAAACAAUGAGUUCAUCAUCUAUAUAGCCUACUCGCCCCAAAGUGACUGCAUUUCGCUUUUCAGAGACCCAUCAGUUACUGUAUGACCCUCUCCGAUCAGAUUUUAUGUCCGUGGUACUGGUGGUGAGGUCAGUCCACAAGCAGAGUCAUGAAAAACACCGCCACUUGAGCCUUUACAUUCAAAACAUUCCUGGCUAUCGGGAAAAAAGAAGAAGCUUUUAAAAAUACUAAAUAAAAUGUCAUUUCAAAUUUCACUUUGUCACCGUUCGAAAAUUAUUGUGAAUCAGACCGAAUGAAAGUUCACUCAAAGAGGGGGAGGGGGGAGGAGGGUUGGUAGUUCUUAACAGUUCCAGUUAGCUAGAAAAUUAAAAGUUACGAAAAAUACUGGGCGAACUGCCGAAUACAUGCAAGAAUGAAAAAGAAAAUAGAAAACAACUUCCUGUUCAAAUUCGGGUGAAACGUUUAAUAGCGUCAAGAAGACUGAACUUGAUUGAGGUUGUUCAUUUCAGUUCCGUUACAGCGUGCAGUUCCUUGUCCUCCUAAAAAUAGCUUCGUCUCCCACCGAUCAUUCCAUGUCACAUUUUUCGGACUUAUUAUUCAGUAAUGACGGUACGAUCAGGUAAUUUGACUUGAUGAGUUCUUUAAUUUCAUUUCAUGUACUAGUUUUAUAUCUUACGCUGGAAAGAUCUGCCAAACAGUGAACAUUAGCAAAGGUAGGUUCCUGUUUACACGUGUAAUUAUCGAAUACCAUACAAUUUACAUAAAGCUACAGUGCACGGUUGGUUUUUCUAGCCUUUUGAUAAAAAUUGACAACGUUUGCGUUAUCUUUGCCUAAGAAAAUAUGUAAUUUGUAGCUGUAUAUAGCGAAAUACUACAGAGAAAAUUGUAACUGUGCAGUACACGAGCUGCUCCCGAUUGGUCUGGCAAAUCGAAGAGCGAACUUGAGCUAGUACCGUGUAUAACAAAAUUUAUAAUUUUCAUUUUAGCGCAUAUUUCAAGCUCUUCGCAGGAUCAGAAUCAAAAGAUCAUCUGUUUACAUUACAAGGGAGGGUUUUUUAAGCGAUAGAUUGGGUUUAAGAGGCGCGAUCAAUUUUUAAAGAAUUUUCUUUUCAAAUAUUCCCAGAAUUUUGUUUUGAAGUUUUAGCGGCCAAGUGGCUGAACCACUGCGCAUUCAUGCAAUCAUAUUUCUGUUCCGUUGCAUUUGCCCAAUUAUUUUAUUCAACAGUCUAACUUAGCUAUAAACAAACUAUGUUUAGUUAAAAUGGCUUAGUCUAAAUCGAUGUGGCAUGGGUAAUAUUGGCCUUCCAAUUUCUACCAAAAAGUACCGAAAAAGUGCUGUGAGAAGUUACAGCCGUUCGUAGCUCAGGCUAAACCAUUUUCAGAUAAGAGUAGGUAAAUGAAAGGAGGAAGGAUAGUUCUUUGCAACUGUAUGAGUCACGAUUAAGUUAUUUUAAUGAUAAGGCUAGAAUUAAUUACUGUAAAUCUCCUUCAGUUCAUCAACAUGGCGGCCGCUCGAGGCCUCGUGAAAACUGUCAUUCCUGUAUCUUUGAAACCAAAGAGAAUUCGAACCUUAGAAUAUGCAUUCAGUAUUUAGGACACCAUUCUAAGACUACAUGCCAAAAAUCAGCCAAAUCGAUGAGGUAACGUGUCAGGCCGAAGUUCGAAUUUUACAGAAAAUCACUCUUAAAUAACUCCCCGUUAUGAGAAGAAACACAGAGCUUUAUCUGCUUCUGUCAACUCACCGUGAGCGUUGUUUAUCUGCAGUACAGUGCUCCUUGCCAUGUUACAAAGUUUGCUGGCACGUACGGUUUUCCAAAAUAUUUACUUUCCCUUUUUUCUCCAUAAAUUAACUUCUAUUUCCAGGCAAAAUUGGUCUUGCGAGGAAAUCCCGAGUUCACAUAACAGUGACAAAGAGGCCUCCUUUUUCUCUGUAGUGGUCAGUAAAAACAUUGCUUCGAGCGUAUGAAAGUCAAGUACAGUAAAUCACUUCGCAAUAUAAUCACGCUGUUUAAACACCAUGAAGUCUUUUCUAACCUUCAAAAUCAUCCACUCUGGGAUAUUCUUGUAUUUCAAAAAAGUCCUUACUCUGAAACUUGGCAAAACACCCAGUUCACAACAGCGAUUUUGUCUUGCUUGUAUUCAACGCCUAGCGCGGUGAAUAUAACGUCUUGUUAUAUUCCUAGACUUUCACUCAACUAAACAGGGACUCCCAUUGGUUGAUUCUUGGUCACGUGGCCUUGACUAAAAUCAAAUGUAUCCCGAUCUUGAUACAUCAAGCAUUGUAUCCCGCUCGGGCUACAUUACAGCACGUGAUCAAGGCAUGGUAGAACGUAGGUGGACAGAAGGCGGGAAAACGCAACCACUUUUCUUUUUCGUGAAUGAACACAACAACUUGAACACAAACACGAAGCCUCAAGCUAAAAA